AUGGGUUUCCUCUCCUACAUAGCCUCUUUCCUCCCUGGGGUGCCCUGGCCACUGUGGGGCAGUGUGGACUCUCUGCUACAAGGUAAGACAUGAUCCCCUAAUAUUCACCAAGGUUCCAUCCAUAAAUUGUUACUGUAGCAGCACAGUGGAAAGCCGAUACCAACCCUUUUAUAACCUCUGGCGAUUAGAGCUCAGUAAGAGGAGGCAAUGCAGAAGAUAUAGGGACAAGGAUCCCAAUGGGAAGUGGCCAGUAAAGCCACUUGAAGGUACUGGGGAGAUAAUCUUUAAAAAUAAGAAAGUCAGUCACUUGCUUUAAUGUGAUGUUGUGCGUGUAAAAAGACUUCCAUAUCCAAUGUUAUUCUAAUAUGCAUUUCCUAUUUAAUUGCAGGUCUGGUAGGGGCCUGUGCAGUGUCUGUCCUCUACAACUUCAUGAAGGUCCAUCUCUAUGUCAUGUGUCUCAAGUAAGCAGCAAUCAUUCACUUCUACCAGGGACACUGGCACCCAAAUACUGACUACAUUUCUCAGUAUCCUAUCAAGCACAGUAGCAAAUAUACAGUGGUGCCAAACACUGAGUGCAUGUUUUAGUAUCAUGUCUAGUGUCGAGCUAGGCUGCAUGGUUUGUACAGCACAAUCUCUGGCCUUAUCGCCCUGUUUUCAUUGUAGAUGACAUCGAUAUCUUGUCUUUUUUCUCAGUUAUACCAGACUUGUCUAAUAGCACCUUGUCCUGUAACUCCUUAAACUUCAUAAAAAUAAACCCAAACACAAUGCAAAUGCUUAUCCUCCAUUACCCCCCUCUACUCCUCAUCCUGCUCUCACCAUCUCCCCUUCACCCAGAACCCAGGGACGUUUUAGCUGCGAGGCAAACAAGGCAUUUGCCUUGGGUGGCAUUUUCAAGGGGGCGGCAAAAAAAGCCGCCCCCAAAUGCCCAGGGCAAAUGUCUUGUUAGCCUUGCUGGGAACCGGAAUAUGACGUCAUCGACCCGGCUCCCAGCCUCACUCUGUGGCGCGCGAGGGAGCUGAGCAGACAGCUCAGAGGAAGUGCGUCUGCCCAGCAGCCACUGGACCCCCAGGGAGAAAGAGAACCCCUCCACCCCCCCCCCCCCCAGCAUUCCCAAAGGUAAGGAGGCUGAGGGGGGGGGAGGGGUUAAAUAAAUAAAAAAAUAUGUUAAUGUGAGUGAGUGUGUGUAUGUCUGUUACUGUGUGAGUGUGUCUGUUGCCUAGGGCAGCACAAAACCAGGAUACACCACUGCCCUUACCCCACCACCACCUUCUCUUCUCCUUAAUGUUCUUCUUAUUAGACCCCUACACAGUCUCCUUCACCUUACUCCACACCUUCUCCUUAUGUUUCCUUUCUACUCUAUAGUUAUACCCCCUACAGAGCCUCUCUCGCUUUCCAAAAUUAAUUAUCUGCCCCCCUUUUACUUACCUCUUCCAUUACUUGGCCUAGACUAGCAACAGGGAGCAUCAGACAAAUUACCUAUUGGCUGAGGAAUUCUGGAUUGGUGUCACGCUGCCCGCCUGGUCCACUCCUGCCAGAGAGAGCGGUAUGGGUCCCGGUGGGCAAGCAUCGUUGCAGCGGGAUUCCAACAUCACAAGGGAAAUGCCGCCGAAUCCUUAUCUGCCAGGUCCGCUCAUGCCCGGUUGCAGACUGGGACCCAGCGGGCGCAUCUCGUUGUGGUGGCAUUCCCACGUGGUAAUGGGAAUGCCGCCUAUCGCUUACUUCCUCCUGCGACGUCUGUAAACAUUAGACACCGGCCGAUGCAAGUUAGAACCUUUUAAGUUUUUUUUUAUUAACCCUUCUAGUGCCUAACCAUUUGGAACGUGUGGGUGAUGUCACACACACACACGUUCACUAUCACAUGCUUCCCUGCAGCCAAUCAGGGAGCACCUUAGGCUAUUUAAACCUUUUUUGUCCAUUUCUCUGUGCCCUGUCAUGGCUUCCAUUCUGGUUAUCCGAGAGCGCGUUUCUGGUACUGAUUCUUGUGUAUUUUGACCUUGGCUUUCCUACUGACUAUCCAAUCUCUGUAUCCCUUGACCUUUGGCUUGGCCCCUGACUAUUCUGACUUCUAUAUUCCUAGACCUUUGGCUUGCUCAAAGUUUCCGUGAUUUCUGUGUUCUUGUCCACAGCCUGUCUUGUGGUUUUUCCUUUUAUACGUUAAAUCCGGCCAUUCUAAGGCCCGGUAAUACGUCUUAAGUAGAAAAUAAAGAAAACCCUAAGUUCUGCGUGUUAGGCAUUAGUUUAUCUGACAAUUUGCAGGGGUUAUUAUGAAUUUGCUAAAUACCGGCCAGUGGGCCACAACCUCACUUUUCUCGGCCUCUAAAUGACAAUGAAACGGAAGGACCACUCCUGAAGGUGUCAGGGCCAGCAGCUUUCUGCUUUCUUCCCCACGCUCUGUAAAUUCAAGAAAAUGGUUUCCAUGAAACAGGUACCAGCCCAGCCAUCAUUAAAAGGGACUCAACACACUAACACAAUUUAAAGGACCACUAUAGUGCCAGGAAAACAUACUCAUUUUCCUGGCACUAUAGUGCCCUGAGGGUGCCCCCACCCUCAGGGACCCCCUCCCGCUGGGCUCUGGGGAGAGGAAGGGGUUAAACUUACCUCUUUCUCCAGCGCUGGGCGGGGAGCUCUCCUCCUCCCUCUUCUCCUCCUCUUCGGCUGAAUGUGCAUGCGCGGCAGGAGCCGCGCGCGCAUUCAGCCAGUCCAUAGGAAAGCAUUCACAAUGCUUUCCUAUGGACGCUGGCGUCUUCUCACUGUGAUUUUCACAGUGAGAAGCACGCAAGCGCCUCUAGCGGCUGUCAAGAGGCAGCCACUGGAGGCUGGAUUAACCUAUUUAUAAAAAAAAAAAAACGGGUUAACCCUAGCUGGACCUGGCAGCCACACCACUUCAUUAAGCUGAAGUGGUCUGGGUGCCUAUAGUGGUCCUUUAACGAAAGAUUCCAGGCACCAUCACAACUUAAAGUAGGGCUGGGCAAAUUAUAGAUCCCCAGAUGUUGUAGAACUGCAACGUCCAUGAUGCUUUGCCAUUCCAAGUACUGGCAAAGUAUCAUGGCACUCGGAAAUUCUAGAAUAUCUGGGGAUCCUACUGUAUGCCCAGCCCUGACUUAAAGAAACAAUCCAGGCACCCACACAACAGUAUUUGGUCUCGUAUUCAUACUAUAGCCUCACUGAAAUCUCUUAAGCUGUGCUAACAAACAGCAAAUAAUAAAAACAACAAAUAUUCUACUUACCGUAUUUUCCGGCGUAUAAGACGACCCCCAACUUUUCCAGUUAAAAUAUAGAGUUUGGGAUAUACUCGCCGUAUAAGACUACCCCUCUUCCAAUGCACACCAAAUAAAAAUUAGCCAUGAUGUACAGUGAGCAGACAGAGCUACCACAGCAAGACAUUAAAUAAUGAUAAUCUGAAAUAGCAUUUAAAGCCCAGGUAUGUGCCAGGCUGUUUGGGCAUAUAAUCCAUGCCUGCUGGAUUAUACUCCCCCCCUCCAUUCUUUUUAAUCCUCCCCCUCCAUUCUUUUUACUCCCCCCCUCCAUUUUUUUUACUCCCCCCUCCAUUCUUUUUACUCCCCCCGCCCCCAAUCCUCCCUACAUUCUUCUCACCUCCUCUUCGUCCUGUCAGUCCGUCCGGGUACCGCGCGAUACGGGAGAUUCAGUUACCUGUUCCCGGCCGGACUGAAAGGAAGUGAGCAACCCCGGCAGCCAUAUAGAGCCUAUACCCGGCGUAUAAGACGACCCCCGACUUUGGAGAAGAUUUUCCAGGGUUAAAAAGUCAUCUUAUACGCCAGAAAAUACAGUAAGUUUACACCAUAGUUCAUUAUUAUUAUUUUUGUCUGAGGUUAUUAAUGAUGCUUGAAAAUGCCCAAUGGACUAUUACUCUUAUUAUACAAUCCUACCUGUUUCCAUAACUACCCUAUCCCCAACCUAUAUACUUAUCUCUCACUCAUCUCCUGCUAUACCCCUACUUGUCUUCCCUCCUCUUCAUCACUUUGUAGGAGUCUUUUAGGUAGGUGGCCAUGUUCUUCGAGACCCCCAGUGAUUUUCUCUCACUCACACCCCUCCUACUGCACUCUUUCCUCACCCUUGACCAGUCUGCCACCUACUUCCUAACUUUCACUGGUUCACUUUACAAGUCACUUCUGGUUGCAUGCGCGGACACCUUGGCGGGACAUGCGCAUUGAUUAAUCCCGGCAAGCAAGGAGAUUGGACGUUGCCAGCUGAUUACUACCUUAUGGGCGGUCAGUAACGGCUAUAUAGAUGGAAAAAGGGGGGGGGGGGGGAACUAUUUUGAUACAUUAUAUUUUGCUCUUGAGAAAGGCGGUUUACCCGCCGAAACGCGCGUUGGGCUUAUUUUUUCCGAUGUAUUCUUAACACUUGUUAUACCUUAGUGUGGGCCUAUUUUUUCCGAUGUAUUCUUAACACUUGUUAUACCUUAGUGUACUCUUAUGAUAUAGUGACUUUGGGGUUGAUCGGUUUUACAUACCGGGACGACUAACUAGCAGGGAUUUACUGUGAGGUGGAUUUAUUUAGUUUUGUCUGUCCUAUUUAGGCUUACUUUAUAUUUAUAUUUAUAUCCAUCUCCACUUUUUAUAUCCCUCUCUGCUUAUAAUAUCUUCCCUAUCCUUUCGAUUUCCAAUGCAAGUCUACUAAAAUGCACUUUCUGACUUUCUGCAGGUUUCAUAUAUACAAUCAUACUCAGCACUAACUCUUUUUGAGUUUAGACUAUUAUAUGGGAUAGUGCUUUGACCACUUCCAUUUAUACUGGAACCUUGCAGUUUAUAGACAGUAUUGUGUUAUAUCUGUGAGUCCUUAGGUAAUUUGAUUUAUUUGUUUUUGUUUGAAUAUACUUUUCUCUCAUUUAUUUUCAGUGGACUUUUAUUAAUAGUUUACUCAGUGCUUAUAUACACCGGGGCGACCACAUAGUAUAAUAUGGAGUUAUUAUGAGACUGACUUUUUCAGCUUGAAGGUUCAUUUGAACUUCCUCUUUAUUUAUAUGGUCCUCCUCAUUAAUUGACUCUUUUCAUACAAGUUUAUUCAAUCUGCACUCUCUGACCUUCUGUUAGGUUCAAUGUGUGUUCACAGUAUCAUAUGUAGCUUUAACUUUGUCUGAGUUUUAUUUUCUACAUAUAACAGUGAUUGAUACAUGUUGUUUCCACUAGAACUUUGUAGUCCACUGUCAUAUAUGAGUUGUUAGGUUUCUUUGGUCCUAUUCUUAAUAAUAAAAUUUAUUUAUUUUUCUUAGACGUUGAUCUGUUUGGGGUGGUUUGAAGAGGAACAACCUGAUUUAUCACGGGGUUGUUCUUCCUUCACUUUUUUGUAUAUUUUGUGCUUUAUGCAGGGUUAUGCCCGUAUUGCCACCCUUAUAACCCGUUUUUCUCUGUACUCCCUAUUUGGAUUUUCUAUCUAGGGAAUACUUCUAUUUAUUAUUAUUAUUUCUUAGGUUUCAAUACCAGGGUUAUUUAGAGUGAUUUAUUUAUUUUACUUUUCAAACAUGGCUGGUUUUUUAUCAAAUAAAAUUGAAGGUAAUGUUUGGUGUAAAGAUGCAGAAAAUGUGUUUUCAAACACAAAACUAGAUCUAAAUACUACUACUCCUAAUAUCAAUAAAUCUUUUAAUAAACUUCAUAGUUUAUAUAAGAAACAGAUUAGAACAUGCUGGGAGAUUUCAUCUCUUGAGAACUAUAUGAGUAAAGAAAUGAUACCAAGAGGUCUUAGAGUAAUGAAUAUCCCCUCAUCCUACUCUGGUAAUACAGAUUUGAUGAGGGAGUGGGAAGCUGCGGCUGGAUCCUGUUCUAAAACGUUUAUGCAGAUUAUCUGCAAAUUUGAACAAGAACAACUUAAAACAAUCAACACUGAUCUAGAUGAAGAAAUCAAUGGGAUCAAACAGUUCCAAAAUGACCCAAAUUUCACUUUUCUGGAAUCCAGGUUGAAACAAAACCUGGAUAAAUACCAAGAAUCAGUGAAAUUUAGGAAGCACAACAAGUUCCUAAGAGACUCUAAUGAUUAUCAGACUGGGAAUGUUUAUAAAUCUUUUAACCGUAGAACACGACGUACGUCUGAUAAUGGUCUAACCUCAGACUAUGACUCCUCAGAUACAGACUCUGGGAGCCAAGUCUCAAAUAUCCCAGCUGAACCACAAUUACAAUCUAACCCAUCCACAGUAAAUUCUAAUCCUAGAGGAAUCCUGAAGAAGGGAGUUAAUUUUUUAGCCCCAGGUUACCAGGAGGAAUUUCCGAGUCAGCGAAUGAGAUACCAGACUCGCAACAUAAGAGGAGGGGGAAGGAGGAGGAGAUAUUAGUUGACACUCAGGUAGUAGCAUGCAAGACCCGGAUCAUUAAUCUGUCCUCUCGCACUUUGACCACUGAUCAAGAGGCUGUUUUGGGGAAGGGCCUUUCAUUUGUACCCACACCUUCUUUUGAUAAGUUUGGUUGGAUUAGGGAUCUUAAUCUUUUUGUUAGAAAGUUGGCCCUACAUAAAUUCCAUUCUGUUCAGAAUGAAAGGAAGGCUCGUGACCUUGGACUUGCACCACAAGACUAUCAAUGUCUCACUACCCUAUUAACCCUUCUAGAUGAAAAUGACUCAAAUAUUAUCUCGAACCGUACCGGCCUAAAACCAAAGAGCCGCUAUACACCCAAUUUUGCGGGCUUUAGGAACAUUGAGUUGUUCCUAGAGGCGGCCAAAAUAGAGAUUGAAAAGAUUAACUUGAAAUCUCUCCGCAUCCAUUCUAGGGAUAAUCUCCUUAGACGGGAACAACAAGCUUUAAAAACUUUACAAGAUGAUGCUAAUAUCAUCAUCAAACCCGCCGAUAAAGGGGGAAAUAUCGUACUGAUGGAUGUGGAUAAAUAUCUGGAAAUGGCCGAACGGGUCCUUAGGGACACUGAGACAUAUGCAGUCCUUAAACACGAUCCUACUGAUGCUUUUCUGUCUAAAUAUAGGGAAAUAUUGGAGGAUGGUCGCAGUAGGGGGUUGCUAUCAGGUGACGAGUUUGAAUUUAUUUUUUCUCGUCACCCUAAAAUAGCAACCUUCUACUGCCUACCUAAGAUUCACAAGAACCUAGAGACACCCCCAGGACGCCCAAUUGUUUCUGGGGUUGAUAAUUUAACACAAAAUGGCAGCCUGUAUAUAGACAGAGUGUUAAGACCUUUUGUUGAAAAAUUACCUUCCUAUAUUAGGGAUACCAAGCAAGCUCUAAAUAAACUGUCGAGUCUUAAAUUUUCCUCCUCCGUCCAAUUAUGUAGCUUAGAUGUUGAAUCACUCUACUCCUCCAUACCUCAUGAUAGAGGAAUUGAACAUGUGGGAUUUUUUCUUGAUCAGGAAGCCCCCAGAGAUGAUUUAUAUACAGCUUUUCUUCUACGUCUCUUGCGGUUUAUUUUGUCACACAACUACUUUCUAUUUAACAACCAUGUAUACCACCAAGUAAGGGGAACCGCUAUGGGGACGGCUUGUGCCCCCUCAUAUGCGAAUCUCCAUCUUGGAUGGUGGGAAUACCAGAUCUUUAAUUCAGAUGUGUUGAAAGAAUAUCUACCUAAAGUCCUAUGGUGGGGUCGCUAUAUUGAUGACAUUUUGAUUGUCUGGCAUGGCACCCCCCGAGAGUUUUCAGAUAUGGUAGGACUACUUAACUGUAAUGAUCAAAAUCUUCGGUUUACAUCUGAAUUCGGAGGACGAUCUAUAAACUUUCUAGAUGUAACUAUCAGUAUUAGCCAAGAUGGUACAUUCCACUCCACACUGUUCAGAAAACCCACGGCAACCAAUUCCCUCCUACACUGGACUAGUCACCAUCCACGACCCCUCAAAGAGGGUAUUCCGGUGGGUCAGUAUCUCCGUCUUCGGAGAAACUGUAGUGACACCCAGGACUUUAUCUUAAAAGCGAAACAACUUCGACAACAUUUUAAGGAGAAGGGUUAUCCGAACCGCUGUUUAAAAAGAGCCUAUAAGAAUGCAUUACAAACAGAGAGGGGUGAACUACUAUGUGACCAUACUGAUAAAACGACUAAGAAGGAUACUGGAAUCAUCCGUAUGAUUGCAACAUUCGAUAGGGGGUGGCCAGAAGUACGGAAGUCACUUGAGAGAUUCUGGCCCAUACUAUUGAAUGAUGUACAUCUUAAGGGGGCUCUAAGCCCACAUGCCAAUAUUACAGCUAGGAGGGGACGGAACAUUCGCGACUUACUGGUACCCAGCCAUUUUUCUAUUAGAACACAACCACGUGCCACCUGGUUGGGGACUCCACCAACGGGCACAUAUGGCUGUGGUAAAUGUGUAGCCUGUAAGUUUAUUCUUAAGAACUCCAAGACUGUCAGUGACAGCCAGGAACUGGUUUCCUUCAAAGUUAAAAGCUUCUUUAACUGUAAUACUAAAGGCCUUGUAUAUCUGCUCCAAUGUACCUGUGGACAGAAAUAUGUAGGGAAAACCUUUAGAGCAUUUAAAGAUAGAAUUAUGGAACAUGUAAGAUCUCCUAGGAACCGCCUUGAGACACCUAUAUCUAGACACCUUAAAGAAUUCCAUCAUGGGGACUCUAGUAAUCUUAAAUUCUGUGGAUUGGAAUUAGUAAAAAGGACCCCUAGACGGGGGGAUUUUGAUAAAACACUUAGACAGAGGGAGUCUAGAUGGAUAUAUGAACUUAAAACCCUCCAACCCUUGGGUCUGAAUGAGGGCUUUUCUUUUGCCCCCUUCAUAUAAAUAUACGACUUAUUGGGCUAUAUACAUCCCUCUUAUCCUCCCAUCCUGUUCUCAUUAUCACCAGCUCUAUGUAAAAAUAUUUUGAAAGAAAUACUUUCUUGAAUUAAUUUUUUUUUAAAGGAAAUUCUUUACUUUUAUCACUUUUUUGUCUAUAAUAUAUAUAUUUUGUUUUAUUUUUUAAGACUAUUAUGACCUAUUUUCUUUUUCAUUUCCCCCUCCUCCUUCCUAUCCUUAUGAAUCUCCUGUAUGUGUAGGGAUAUUCUUCCUCCAAUAGACAUAUGAAUGCUACGGAGGUUCUGUAUCUAAAUACACAGGUUUGAUCAGAUGACUAUAAUGUGUUCCCUUUUUUUGUUACCCUCAUAUAAGGGCAUUUAGCCUAUAUCAGGAUCUACUGGGAAACUUCUGUGACAGCCUGUUCAUUUAUGUGUACGUAGUAUGUGGGGAGUUCGCGGUUCACUUUUGUGCGCUGCUUCACCACUGAUAUUUUGACAUGCGCACUUCUGACUAUGAGAGAGUCUCCCCUUUUUUCUAAGUUUGGUGCGCAUGCGCGGACACCUUGGCGGGACAUGCGCAUUGAUUAAUCCCGGCAAGCAAGGAGAUUGGACGUUGCCAGCUGAUUACUACCUUAUGGGCGGUCAGUAACGGCUAUAUAGAUGGGAAAAGGGGGGGGGGGGGUGAACUAUUUUGAUACAUUAUAUUUUGCUCUUGAGAAAGGCGGUUUACCCGCCGAAACGCGCGUUGGGCUUAUUUUUUCCGAUGUAUUCUUAACACUUGUUAUACCUUAGUGUGGGCCUAUUUUUUCCGAUGUAUUCUUAACACUUGUUAUACCUUAGUGUACUCUUAUGAUAUAGUGACUUUGGGGUUGAUCGGUUUUACAUACCGGGACGACUAACUAGCAGGGAUUUACUGUGAGGUGGAUUUAUUUAGUUUUGUCUGUCCUAUUUAGGCUUACUUUAUAUUUAUAUUUAUAUCCAUCUCCACUUUUUAUAUCCCUCUCUGCUUAUAAUAUCUUCCCUAUCCUUUCGAUUUCCAAUGCAAGUCUACUAAAAUGCACUUUCUGACUUUCUGCAGGUUUCAUAUAUACAAUCAUACUCAGCACUAACUCUUUUUGAGUUUAGACUAUUAUAUGGGAUAGUGCUUUGACCACUUCCAUUUAUACUGGAACCUUGCAGUUUAUAGACAGUAUUGUGUUAUAUCUGUGAGUCCUUAGGUAAUUUGAUUUAUUUGUUUUUGUUUGAAUAUACUUUUCUCUCAUUUAUUUUCAGUGGACUUUUAUUAAUAGUUUACUCAGUGCUUAUAUACACCGGGGCGACCACAUAGUAUAAUAUGGAGUUAUUAUGAGACUGACUUUUUCAGCUUGAAGGUUCAUUUGAACUUCCUCUUUAUUUAUAUGGUCCUCCUCAUUAAUUGACUCUUUUCAUACAAGUUUAUUCAAUCUGCACUCUCUGACCUUCUGUUAGGUUCAAUGUGUGUUCACAGUAUCAUAUGUAGCUUUAACUUUGUCUGAGUUUUAUUUUCUACAUAUAACAGUGAUUGAUACAUGUUGUUUCCACUAGAACUUUGUAGUCCACUGUCAUAUAUGAGUUGUUAGGUUUCUUUGGUCCUAUUCUUAAUAAUAAAAUUUAUUUAUUUUUCUUAGACGUUGAUCUGUUUGGGGUGGUUUGAAGAGGAACAACCUGAUUUAUCACGGGGUUGUUCUUCCUUCACUUUUUUGUAUAUUUUGUGCUUUAUGCAGGGUUAUGCCCGUAUUGCCACCCUUAUAACCCGUUUUUCUCUGUACUCCCUAUUUGGAUUUUCUAUCUAGGGAAUACUUCUAUUCACUUCUGGUUGCGGUUUAACCUAGAUUUUAUAGAUAUAUCAUCGGUUAAUACGUUUCUGACCCUACAUUCUUGAGCCAUGAUGGCAAGUUUAUGGUAAUGCUUCUAUCUUUUCACAGGGACCCUGACAGACAGAAACAGUCUGAGCAGCUACGCUGCCAAUCUCGACUUCAGGAUACACUGCACCUUGUGCUUCUCGCCUUCAUAUACUCUGUACUGGGGCCUCGAGUUGGUGCCUUGGUGGUUCUGGAGUUUUCGCUUCGAGCUGUCUCAAUGAUCCUAUCUCUCAAUAAGGUUUGGUAAUAUUUCCAUUAUUCGCUAAGAAUCCAUAAAAUAGUAGGGAUGCUGGUAAUUGAAGGUCAGGUCAGACAGAGCAUACUGGCUGUAGUGACACAGUUGUAGGGUAAAAAGCUAGCAUUCAUUCUAAGUAAGAAGUAAUUCAAUUACAUUUAAAGGGGUCACCCCACAGAAUAAUUAUUAUAAUAAAUGAAACCCGUAUGCUUAGGAGCCUUCACCAUGCGUGUGGGUUUAAUUUAUUAUAAUAAUUAGUCUGCAGGGUAAUUGAUUUACUUCAUACUUUUUUAAGUAUUAAAUCCUAUGGUGUUUACUAAACCAGUUGGCUUUGUCUGACCCAGACUGGGCUUUGAUUGCGUCAUGAACAGGACAACUAACUCAGGGCUGUCAGGGUAAGUCACUAAAGUGAGAACUUGAACAUUGAAUUCAAUGUUAAUUUAAAGUAACAAUAUCUGAACUGAAAACAGAAUACACUUGGAGAUUUGUUUCUAAUUUAGUUAUUUACAUUACAAUAUGAAAUUCAUUUUGAAUUCCUAACAAUUCUCAUUUGAGUGAAUAACCCGGUGUGUCUCAUUAUUAAAUUGCCAGAUUAUACUUCACAUUACAGGAAUGACUGCCAGACAGCCACAAUAUGAAUUAAUCCUACUGCAUUCAGACAUUUUAAUUAUGUUCCUCCAGGGUUCUCAGAGCUCCCAGCUGUUCCUCCUUUGCCAGUUCUCUCUGGGAUGUGGGGUUAGUUGCAGUCUUGAUUACCUCCAUGAGGGGGCACCGCAUCGCACCUGGAACCUGCUCUUGGCUGUGGGGCUUUCGGCACUCAUUGUCUGGCAGACACGAAGGAUGUGUCGCCAUGUGGGAAUCAUGUAUCAGCUGCACAGUAAAGAGCGGUAUUGCGGUAUUUGCUUGUCGCUGCUGGCUGGAUGGCAGGAUAUCCCCGCUGUCCUGGGCCGGGCUCUCAAGAUUGCCUUUCUAGUGUCUGACCUGGCAGCUGUGGCUGUAAUAAACAGAGAUUUCCUCAGCACCUCCGAGGCUGUCCGCUUUUGGACUCCACUCACCAUCUGUUACACUCUGCUUGUCAUUUACAUGCAAGGUGAGGCCAACCUAUGGGCCCUCUGUCCUACUUGACGCUUCUAGAUUUUUGCCACAUUAUUAUCUAGGCUCUACAGACCUAUGGUUCUGCUAGUCCAGAAUACUUAUUGUGACUCAUCUAGAUCAGUUCUUUCCAAUACUUUUAUUCUACUGUUCCUCCCCCUCCUCAACCUCCUUUUACUCCUCGUCACUGUGUGUUGGGGGUUCUAUGAUUUACUAGUUUCUUUGGUGUGGGAUGGGGGUUAUUACCUGUUUAUGCACUAUGGGUUGGCUUUUCCAAUUGGUAUCGGGGGCAUCUUUGUCUAUAAGUCCCCACUUGUCAAAUCUUUCUAUAACUAUAAAACUAUGUUGCAUGUUUGAUUGUAGAGGAACAGCAUCAGAAUCCCACGCAGCAGAUGGCAUAUCAGACUGUAUUUGUACGGAUGGGAGGACUCCUCAUACUUAUGAUGACAGUAGGCAGGUGGGCUGAUAUUUUGCAUAUCUUCAUUUCACUGACUGGAGAAUUGUGGUGCUUGUUUCAUGCUGGAACUAUGCUGGAAAUCUGCAGAGAACAGGUGAGAGGGAAGAUGACAAAAUAAUUAUUAGCUGUUACAGCGGUGUGUAUUUUUUAUAUCUAACACCUGAUAAUACAAUCUUAUUUUGGAUUUCUUAUCCUAGGACUAUGCAUCGAGAAACUCAAAUCCUAGAAGAUCUCCCAUUUCCAAAAACUCCAGACUUACAACAGAAAACAGUGCUCAGAGAAGUGAGACUAAUGUAGAAAGAUAAGGUGCUUCUAAGAGUUUGUUACAUUCACCAGCACAGUGUGACUUACUGGGAUUAUCUCGACUCCUAUGAGGCCGGCCAACCCUUGGAAAAACUGUAGGCUACAAACUACUUUUCAACUCUGAAAACACAGGAACUGAUGGAGAACAUGUUCAGUUCACUGUGUAAACUGUGACUUGGGGAAGCCACUCAUGUCUGUGUUCUAGAGACAUUAACGUGUUUUUACGAACUCACCAGCAUGCUAACAAAACCUCACGUCUACUUUUAAAACUUUUAUUUUUAAAUAAGAACGUUUCGGCAUCUGUGAUUAGUAUAAUGACUAAACCAGUAAAUGUUUAUAGGAAAUCAUAGAGAGAGAGAGAGAGAGAGUUUUUUGUCACCCCCCACCCCUGUUUUACAUCAAUGGUCGCAAUACGCACCUGAAGACUAUAGAUAGUGAUCUGUCUGUGCCUUUGGACAGCCACAUAAAACCAUUCUAAAUCCACCUCUGGUACUGCAGCCUGCUGCCAUGAGCCCUCUCACAUCAGGGUCUGAAUGGGAGAGACUCUGAAAUUACAUCUGUGUGUGAGCUUCAGAUGAAAUGAUAGUUCAGAGCUGGCCAUGUGGUGAGCCAAGCAGUGUUUUGUGAAUUAUAUAUAUAAUUACUGUUUAACAGUAAUUCUGUCAGAUGUCACAAUGCAAUGAAAACAUCCAAACACAAAAAAGCUUUAGAAGACAGUGCUUGCUGUUAGCAUAGAAGCCAUAUUGGUUAAAAAAAAAGAGUUAAAAAUGCAUUGGCCAAAAAAUAAAGGUGAAGUCCACAUAUGACAAAAAAACUUUGACACCACUCAAACAUGGAUCACAAACAUUUUCAAGUUACACUCACCACUGACGCCAUCACUGGUGACAAGAAAUGGGAAUGAUUAGUUCUACUUUAGGACCUAUACUAUCAAAGGACAUAAACAGUUUUCACUGGUAGCAUGACCCUAAAGGACACUCUAAGCACCCUAGCUACUAGGGCUCAUUGUAGUGGGUAUGGUGCAGAGAGUCUAUGUCAAACUAUUUGAGUAGUUUGCAAAGAAUGCCAGCCUACCGCCCAGUCCCUCUGCUGUCACUUGGAAGUGGCAUUUACACAGAUUAUUUGAACUGACUUUGAUGAGUUGCAGCAGUUUGAAACUUUGAGUAGAAGUAGAAAGAGGGAGUGAGGAAGAGACUUUGAUGGUGUGUAGUGACCCUACUGUAGUCAGGCCCUUCCUGCUGAGUGCUCUAAUGAUGGUUUGUAGUUACCCUACUGUAGUCAGGCCCUUCCUGCUGAGUGCUCUAAGAUGGUGUGUAGUGACCCUACUGUAGUCAGGCCCUUCCUGCUGAGUGCUCUAAUGAUGGUUUGUAGUUACCCUACUGUAGUCAGGCCCUUCCUGCUGAGUGCUCUAAGAUGGUGUGUAGUGACCCUACUGUAGUCAGGCCCUUCCUGCUGAGUGCUCUAAUGAUGGUUUGUAGUUACCCUACUGUAGUCAGGCCCUUCCUGCUGAGUGCUCUAAGAUGGUGUGUAGUGACCCUACUGUAGUCAGGCCCUUCCUGCUGAGUGCUCUAAUGAUGGUUUGUAGUUACCCUACUGUAGUCAGGCCCUUCCUGCUGAGUGCUCUAAUGAUGGUGUGUAGUUACCCUACUGUAGUCAGGUCCUUCCUGCUGAGUGCUCUAAUGAUGGUUUGUAGUUACCCUACUGUAGUCAGGCCCUUCCUGCUGAGUGCUCUAAUGAUGGUUUGUAGUUACCCUACAGUAGUCAGGCCCUUCCUGCUGAGUGCUCUAAUGACACCUCCAGUCAUUGUUAAGAGACUAAAGCACAGAACCCAUGCAUGCCUGGUUUCAUUAUGACUUUCAUUGAAAACAAGUCUCCAAGAAGGUUAGGCAAGAUGUACUCAGCAGCCUGUAACUUUCCAGGGGCCAUACAACUCCUCCGAGCUGGCCCUGGAAAUACAUAGAAAUAAAUAUAGGACACUAAUGACAGCAUGAACAGUAUGAAUGUCUGUAUGGAUGAAUGCAAAGAAUAAUCCCUGCCCUCACAGCUGCAUUAAUAGAUCUGACCAGUAGAGGUCUUUUAACUCUGCUUCUUCCCUCUGGUCCAGGUUUCUUUACUGACAAUCCUCUCAAGCUAAAUGAUAACACACUGGGGAUGUUGGGUGUGGAAUGGGUAAAUCCACAUUUAAAGACUGGAAUUGUAUAUUAUAGGAGUGUGGUGACCAUAUAAGCAUUAUUUUGUUAGUUUCUGUUUUCUUGACCACCUUGUCUUUUUUCCAUAUAUUGCAACAUAUAUUGAUGUGUAUUUAUAUUUGUAUCUGGGAUAUUAUGCUAACUAAAAAAGACAUCUACAAUAACUGUUUUCUCUUUGCCAAGACAGUCUACAGUCACUGUUUGCUUAUUGACAAGUGUGUCCCUAAAUGUAUGAGGCUUUUAAAUGUUUUAUGCGAUCGAUCAGACCUUUCUAUGUACAUAAAAUAGCCACUAUAGUCACAUUUGUGAUAAUAUAGUACAUCUGAUCACCUCCACAUUUUGCUUAAAGGAACACUAUAAGGUGAGGAACACAAACAUGUAUUCCUGAACCAAAAGUGUUAAAAACACCAAAGACAGCCAACCUGCCCCAUAAAUAUUGUAAAAUCUUACUUUAAUUCCAGCCUGCUGCUGCUGCUAGCUCUACCCCUGAUCUGCCUGCUUGGCUGACAUCAUCAGAAGUGUUGAUCAAAAGCCAAUCAAAAGGCUUUCCCAUAUGAUUGAACAGUUGUUGGAUCAGAGUGGGCCGCAACCUAAGGGUAUGAUGUUCCCUCACAGACCAUCAGAUGUCCAGAUGACGUGGAAGCAGGCUAUUUAAGAGCUAGUGCCAGCUCAGGUGUGAACAGCAUUCAGUGGUGUUGAUCCCCCACUGGUAGGAUAUAUCUGUUCACUGGUAGGAUAUAUUGAUCCCCCACUGGUAGGAUAUAUUGAUCCCCCACUGGUAGGAUAUAUUGAUCCCCCACUGGUAGGAUAUAUUGAUCCCCCAUUGGGAGGAAUGCUGAUCACACCUGAGCUGGCACCAGCUCUUAAAUAGCCUGCUUCAACGUCAUCUGGACAUCUGACUAUCUUAGAACCUAUAAGAUCUACCAAACUUACUCAUCUCUUCAAUCAACUUGGACUAUUUUUAUCCAUAUACCUUUUAAUUAGGACUUUUUUCUUAGUUAUGAAUUUUAUGUAAGUACGCAUUGAUUUUAUUAUAUCAUAUCAUUUUUUGUGGCGCGACCUGUAUUUUCUGUUUUUAUAUUUCCCAUAUGAUUGGCUGAGACAGUAAAGAAGGCAGAUCAGGGGCAGAGCCAGCACAGGCCGAACACAGCCCUGGCCAAUCAGCAUCUCCUCAAAGAGAUUAAUUGAAUCAAUGCAUAUCUAGGAGGAAGGUUCAGUGUCUGCAUGCAGAGGGGGAAGACACUGAUUGUCAGUCACAAUACGCAACACUGCUCCAGGAAGCACCUCUAGUAACCACCUGAGGAGUGGCCAGUGGAGGUAUCCCUGGGCUGCAAAGUAAACACUGCCAUUUCCCUGAAAAGACAGUGUUUACUGCAAAAAGCCUGAAGGUAAUGAUUCUACUCACCAGAACAAAUACAAUAAGCUGUAGUUGUUCUGGUGACUAAAGUGUCCCUUAAACCUUGUUACUAUGGCUACCUGCGUUCUGACGGCUACACACGCCCGAACCCUUGACGUGCCUGCAUUGUGCGCAGCAAUUUGUUUGGGAGAAAAUUUCAGCUCUACUUCACCUAUCACCUUUGGACUACAGGUAUACAUAUGGUUUUUAUUGGUGUGUAUGUUUAUACACGAUUUAGGCUGCCAGGCCAAAACAUUGUAUGUCUAUGUCUCACCUGACAAUAAAUCUUCACAUUUAAAAUACUACUGAACGUAGUGUGUAUAGUCCUUUUUCUAUGUGGGUAUUGGAGAUUGCAGCUCUCCAUACUGUGCUGUGAUGGCUGUUUAACAAGUUCCUUGUGUUUGUUUUAGUAGAAGGAGUGAUUGACCAGCCUGUAAGAAAUGAGAGGAAUGUGAAUGUAGUUGGUAAACUAGCGAUAGGGAAACUGUUGAACAAAACUUUCCCCCGAGACACCAAUAAUUCAAUUCCAAUGCUUCCUCUGCUUUGACACCUAAUCUAACUUCCCGUACCUUCCCAGUGAUCCAUGACCAUUCUCACCCUAGCCUACCUGCAUACCGACCAUGGCUUUCCUCCUCAAUGACGACUGCCAUUCUCACAUCAAGCCCUUUCCUCAGUGAUUCCUAGCCAUUUUUUCUUAUUUGCCAUCCACGUCGACUCUGGAAUCUUCUUACUGCAGGCCUCCAUCUCCACUGAUUUAGAACCAUUCUCACUCCAGCCUCCUCCACACUGACUGCGAGCCACUCGCAUCAGCUUCCCUUCCACUGACCCUUGGCUAUUCUGACACCAGCCUCCAUCCCACUGACUAUCAGUUGUUCUCAUUGUAAUUUCCACUAACCCAUGGCCAUUUUACCCUGGCACCCCUCCUCACUGAUCCUUAGUCACUCUCACCAAGCUCCAUUCUUUCUUGAUCCUAACCAUUCUCUUUCCAGCCUCAGUCCCCACUAACUCAAAGCCAUUCUUACCCCAGCAUCCGUUCCUCAUGACCUUAUGCCAUUAUGAUGUCGACCUAACUACAAGCCAUUUUCUCCUCAACCUCCCGACGUAGUGACCUUAAGCUAUUCUGCAAUCAGUCUCCUUUCCUGUAUAUGUAGCAUUUAUAAGUUAAAAGGUUACUCUAGGGUGCGGGGCCGGACCGUGGAGCUGAAAGGAAGCCAUCUCAUGCAGCUCCGGUCCUAAGCCUGAAUAAACACUGAUUUUCUGCCCACAAACUGACCCUUCAAAAUAAGAUAUCUGAAUAGAGUAACCUGCCAGCAUCACAAAGAGACCAACCGGCGGCUGCAGAUCUUACAAAAGUGAGGAAGCUGAAAACUCGGGCCUACAUGAUGGCAUGAAUCUGCAGCCUAUUGCUGUGCCUGGAAGCACUCUGCACAUGCUCAGUGAACGAGCAUGAUAUGAAAGCGCCUGUCUCUCCUAACGUGCAAGAGGCGACCGGAGAGAACACGCUGCGGCCCCGCACCUCCCCCAGGAUCGGGAGGGUCAUCCCGGUCACCUGUUAAAUUGUUUAAAUUGUUUCCUGUUUUGAAGAUGCAAGUUUUCAUAUACAGGCUUGCGGUUACCAGCCUGCAAUUGCGGGAGGUUGGAUGCAGCUCUGCCAGUAUGUACUCAGCCACUACAGGGGAGACAAGACAUACAUUGUGCAGCCCCCUACUUGCCUUGUCACAGAACGGAUUAAACGACUCCUAACACACUCACCCAGGAGUCUUCCCAGAAAUCACUCAGAAGCGCCGAGAGGACUGCCUACAUGCAGUGGCAUCAUAGUUACCGGAUUGUCUAGGGUCGGACAGGAGUGACCUCCAUCUAUAGGAGAUCCGGAGACCUGGAGAAUGUUGCUUCCCGUUGUGAGCCUGGCCGGGCUGGUCUGUGGGUGGCUGCAGCGGAGAGGUGGCUGCGCGGCCGCAUGGACUAAGCUUAGGAGCAGUGGCCGGCGAUGGAGGGGGCCCAUGGAGGCACCCUGUAUUACUUAUUGAGACUCCACCGGGACAGUGGAGGUGCAGAGGCCACCCAGUUAGUGGACUCUAGGAGAGGGGUGUCUCAUGGACUAGGUUACCUCAAAUGCCCGCUAUACCUGGAAGCUCAUGGGGGGGGGCUUUACCCGGAGCCGGGUGUUAAUGUAUAUGUUGGCACUCACGGGUGCCUGAUGUUGAUGCACUAGGCAGGGCCCCGCAGAGGCUUCAUACUACACCUCACAUGUGACACACUCAGGCAGGGAUAGCUCCCACCUAAAGCAGGAAGUUAUUUUUACUUACUUAAUUUCAUUUCCUUAAUUACUUACUUGUGUUAUUUUUUAUUUAUAUAACCUGGCCGCACAUGCUUGGACCAAGAUCCCUGGGGUUCACAAGAGGACCUAACCAGGGAUCUUCACGUAGGGCCCUAUCUCACAGGCACAUCCACAACCCCGAGGGCACACUUCCCAUCUUUUUUAUUUCCCCUUCUCUUAUAUUAUCACAUCAUGAUUACCUGGAGCGCUAGAGGGAGUUAUACUUGGUACAAACUUAAUAUGGAGUCUGGGCUACGGCUACAAAAGCCUAACAGUAGAAUGGAGUAGGCCAUACGCCAUAGUUAAUGACACAGUUUUUCCCACAAGAUAAAUCAUAAGAACCCAGGGGCUCCCAGGUGGCGAUAAACAGAAGAGCUGCUUCUUCUUCGCUGCAUUCUUCUUCCCGCACUUUAAGGCACAACGUUCAUAACUGUAACCCUGUAAAUUGAUUUAGUUUUUUGGAAUAUACCCUUUAUAAUUGCAGGAAAACACACAGGAAAUAGGAUAGAGCAAAGGAAAAUGAACAAUCAGACAUACAUAAGCGAAACACUGUGGGCUGACACUCGCCUUUAAAGGUUAACCUGAAAACUCACAUAGCUCAUACAACUUGGAUAACAGGUGGGCCUGAUGCACAGUUGCAACCAUGCAAUUUAUCUACAUACUUCCCCAUACCGACGAUUAGUUAUCUUUAUAAGACAUGCGCUACUAAGCCUGCUGUACUUAUAUCAGUAUUAACUUAAAUACUUAAAGUUAGCACUGAUAGACUUACAUAUAUAAUAUACUCGUUACUCUUAAGUUCAUUAAGCACAUCUUCAUAAAAAUGCCCACUUAUUUUGUAAUAUCUGUCGGCAAUGUCACAGUGUCAUACUUACUCAAUGAGACAGCCACUAGAGGCUGGAUUAAGCCAUAGGUAAACAUAGCAGAUUCUCUGAAACUGCUAUGUUUAUAAAAAAAAAGGGUUAAUCCUAGAUGGACCUGGCACCCAGACCAAUUCAUUGAGCUGAAGUGGUCUGGGUGCCUAUAGUGGUCCUUUGACCUCAAAUUAUGUGUUUCAUCGCAAGAUCGCAAUGCCCCCUCUCCUUCCACUAUCUGAAAUCCUAGAUAACAAAAGGCUGAGGCCGCAUCCGUCAGGGGCACCACUGUUUGGCAUGUUGAUGAAAGAGGGAAGUAUGGAUUGGCUCAGAGCGUCAGCUGACCGCGCUAAGCCAAUCAGUGGCACCACUACUGCAGCCUACUGUUAGCUAGGAUUUUAAAUAGUGGAAGGACUCAGGUGGCAGAGCGCUCUGGCAUUGGAACACAGACUUUGGGGAUAGAGCAGGAACGGUUUAACCCCUAAAGGUGAGCCUGCUCCAUGGACCUCCUGGCAUCAUAAAAAGUUAAUUUUGAUAAAGUUGUUAUGGUGCCCAAACUGGAGUUUUAAGUUAUGUAUGUGCAGCAUUUCAUAGUAAAACAGUGGAUAUAAAUAAUCCAGGCACCAUGACCACUUCAAAGCACGAAUGUGGUCAUGGUGCUUAGAGCAACCCUUUAGUAUAGUGAAAUUACAACAAUGUAAGAAUCAUGGUGAACGAUAAUUAGAACAUGUUCAUUAUAGUUCCAGACAAUGAAAGAAGAAACAAAGUACAUUUAGAUGACAAAGUAGCCCCAAGCUUCUGUAAACGGCACACUUUUUAUGAUGAAUAUUCAUUUUCUUUAAAGCUGCAUGUGGUUCUCAUCUUGUAUUCGGAAAAAAAAAAUGUUUUGUUGUUGUUUUUAACCAAAAUGUAAUCAGAAUGGAUUUUUUUCCAGAGGAAGGAACAAUUUGCAUAUAUUAACCAACUCACUGCCUCCAGUGCCCAUGGGGGCUGCCAGCCUCUAAACUAAAAUGUAUAACAGACCUCAUCACCAAAGGGUUAAUAUCAUUUAAGCAGAAACUGAAGUAGUCUCUGGGGAGAAGGCUCUUGUUGUUCCAGGAAUCUGGCGGAUACAUCAGGGUUUCAAUCUGCACAAGAAGCUGCCAAAAAAGGCCAGAAAAAGUAAUGUAUUUGUAAAAAGGUGUAAUUUGUCAAAUUAAUUCUAUAAAAAUGUAUCCAAAUCUAAUGAUGUAUUAACCUUUUAUUUUCUGUUUAUUGUGGUAACACAUACAUUUAUCGCCUCAGUACUGCUAUGGGGAUUAUUCAUCAAACAAUGAUUGUAAGUGAAUUGAAAACCAAAUUUCAAAUUAAAUCAAAAACCCCAGCUAUAGCCUUAACUUAGCUAUUUUAGCCAGAUUUGUAACUUAAUUUAUUAUUUUCCAUAAUUCACACUUUUAUAAAUAAAUUCCUGUGUAAAAUAUAGGCCAACCUUUAAGACGUUUGGUUUAUUAGCUGUGCAAAUUUGAUCCUAAAUAAUACAACCUGGUCCAAUUGUCUGUCAGUUUAGAGAAAUCUAUGUGAGGGGGGCUUUGAUCCUGUGCAGAUUAUCAGCCAAUAAGUCUGGGUGUACAGUACAGGCAGACAUACAGGACAAUGGGUUAAAGAUAGAUAAAUACGAAAAUGAAAAUAGUCGCAGAAGCUCCAUUUCACGUAUGCUGGAAAUAAUCUAAAUAAUCUAAUUACAUUUCAGACAUAUUUAAUGUGCCUCACCGCCCGAUAGUUUGCGUUAUGGGUGCCAUUCCAGUCAUUGACAUGUAUGAAUCCGGUCUGCGAAGUCAUAACACUGAUUGCAAGCAGCCGCUUUUUAAGAAGGAGGAAAUGGGGCAGCGCUAAAUAACGUAGUAGAAGGCAGCACACCUAAAAACUCUCUCCAAAAACCAUUAAACCGUAAUAGAAAAAAAACAAGCAAUAGGGUGCGCCAAAAGUAGGAGAUAGAAGUCAGAUUGGAUGACACGCGGGUAAGUUAAUCAAAGGCAUAAAACAAGGUCAAUAAAAACAAUAAAAACAAUAAAACAGGUAUCCAAAGGGGAAUAGCAGCACUCUCAAAAUGAAAGUCUUUGUGGUAGGUAUACGUGAGAGUUAAUAAAAAAUCUUGUAGGGUGGUAUCUUCAACCUUAAGCUCGCUAGUCACAGGGAUACUCAGGGUCCAUAGAUAUAUAUAUUAAAAAAAAAAAAGACUCCAAUAGUGCAGCAAGUCUUAAAAGGGAUAUAAAAGAAUCCCAAUUUACUCACAUGUAGUAGAGCUAAGACCAGCUCUAGUAUAAUGCACAUACAAUGGUGUAAAUCCCCCACUUAUAGGAUAUCAAUGGAGGGUGUAGUCGGCAGGUAUCCUAGCAGCAGGAUAUACAUAGAAGCAAAAACAGAAAUAAAAAGCGACAAUAGUGCUCACUGUAUAAAAGUAAUAAACCAGGAGUAAAUAUAUAUAUAAGAUGCACUCACAUUUUUCUGAGCAGAUAGCCCACUCAGUAUAUUCACUGUAGAUGUAUAAUCCCCACCUGGGAUUGUUGGUGAGAUCCUCACUGGAGAGGUAAAAACAGAAUGCCAGGCAAUAAAAAUAACAAAAACAAUGAAAAGGGUGUAUACCAAAAUAAAGUAGCAAACAGACCUUUCUUAAAGGACCACUGUAGUCACCCAGACCACUUCAGCUCAAUGAAGUGGUCUGGGUGCCAGGUCCCUCUAGUUUUAACCCUGCAGCUGAAAACAUAGCAGUUUCAGAGAAACUGUAAAAAUCACAGUGAGAAGACACUGACGUCCACAGGAAAGCAUUGAGUAAUCCUUUCCUAUGGGCAGUUUGAAUGCGUGCGGCUUUUGCAGCGCAUGCGCAUUCGGCGCUGACGUCAGCAGGAGGAGGAGAGUUCCCCAGCGCAGAGGGAGCCUGGCGAUGGAGAAAGGCAAGUGGCUGAAGGGGGCCAUGAGGGUGGGGGGGGGGGGACCUAAAGACUACAUUGUGCCAGGAAAACGAGUUUGUUUUCCUGGCUCUAUAGUGGUCCUUUAAAUACAAGUAAAAACAAUCCACAUCGCGUUUCUCCCAAGUUGGGCUUUAUCAAGCGGUUAUCAAAUAUAUACCUGGCAUUCACACUCUUAUAUAUGAUAAUAAACAUGGUUAUUUUGAAUAUAGACGGUUUUUAAGGAAGACUUAAAAAGGCAGCUAAGGGACAAACGCCAUAUAAAUAAACCUUGUCUUGCUGCAAAAGUCACAAAAACACCAAAGUAUUUGAUGAUAAAAGGAUCAUUUCGUGUUUCAAAGGAUUACAAUUAUGUCCAGGUGUUGAUACUCAAUUUAAUAAUAUUAACUGAUCAACCUUGGAAGUAUGAAUGUUAAACCUUGUUGGUAUCAGAACAGCAACUCUGAUAGAUUGAGAACUUAAGGAGAGUGACUUAUUCGGCGAUCCUAUAACAUUUCCUAAACAAACUCUUUUAUAUGGUGUAAUCGGUAAUCAUUAUUUGGGCCUGGGUUCACACAUGAUCAACGUAAUAUAGGUAGAUGUCACAUAUGACCCAAAAACAGGGGAUUUGUAUAGUUAAGUUCUGUACAGAUUAUGGUUUCUAAGGUAUUUAAACUUGGUAUUCCUGUCAAGAAGAAAAGUGUUUUGCUGAGAAAAGCUGUACUUGUCCCAAGAGUUUCUUCAGAUACUUAAAGGAUGAUGUAAUGAGCGAUGCUAAUGAGGAUCAGAUAAAGACAUGAGAUCAUUUCUGUGACUCAAUGAGAAAAUCAAAUGUGUUUCAAGUGUUGGGUUAAACAGGUCGGGUUAAAGUCAUCCAUUAUUUUUGGCAAAAAGGCACAUUUCACAUACAGACUCAGUUCCCCCCCUCCUCUAAAGUGAAAUAGAAGACGGUUGUGUAUAUUUUAAUAGCCAUGGCUGCAAGCUAGCGUUUGUUUAAAGCUCUCUGGAACAGCAGGCAUAUAAUUUGGUUGGAAACGCAUAUUGUGUUUAGGUAGAAGGGAAGCCAUCCCUCGCCCUCAUCUUGAGCCAAUGACUGCAUGGGAAGUUUGUAAUGAAUGUUACACUAGUAUAUAUCUAAAGCAGGCUAAUAAAAUACAGGACACCUUGCAUUUUACUAAUUAUCAAUAUCUCAGGACAAUAUUUUUUUGCCACACAAUUAAAUGUAAUGAGUAUUUUGAUGGCUAAUUUUUGGCAUGAGGAAUACCCUAGGUUUAGGAGGGGGAGUGCUGAUGGUGAGUGCUAUGGGAAUCCUUGAAUGUAGGAUAGAGAGAUCUAUAGGAUACCCUGGAUUGAGGAUGGAGAACCCUGUGGAGCAUGCUUGUGUGAGGAUGAAAAUAGCUCUGAAAUACCUUGGGUUUAAGAUGGAGUGUGUUGUAGAAUAUAAUUAGUUUAGGAUAGAGAGAGACAAAGAAAGGGUUUAAAAUGUGAGGGAAGCCUGUGGCUAGUAAUCAACAUGCCAAUGUCAGUUCACAAUGCUUGCAGCAACAAACAGCCAGUGGUGACUGGAAGAUGUGAAAGAUGUCUAUUUGGUCCACCCCCCAGUCCAUUAGAGGACAGAUCUCCAACAUCUGCUUCAAUACACAGUGAAACCACUACGGGGAAGAUGUUGAGAACUGACAAGAAAAUUUUACAUUUUGGGACAAAACAGCAGAGCAGAAAAUGUUCCAUGUAUUUUUCCCGAGAAUUUCAAAAUCCAUGAUCACUUCAAUACAAUUUACAGUUUAGUGUAUAAACAACAUAAUAUGUAUAGUAUGAAAUAGAGCAUGGGUCGUCAACCUGGUCCCUACCGCCCACUAGUGGGCGUUUUGGGAUUCCAGGUGGGCGGUAGGGACUUUGGAGGUUAAAACCUCCUUUUGAGCGAGCGCGCGAGCGGGCGGGCGCGCGAGCGGGCGGGCGCGCGAGCGAGCGCACACAUCAAGAAACCAACGCGAGCGAGUGGGCGGGCGGUGCAGGCGGGCGCGAGCGCACACAUCAGUCAACCUCCUUUUGUGUGAGAAGUUGUCGGGCGGGAGCGAGCGCACGCAAACACGUGGGAAGAGGAAGGGGAGGAGUUGAAACUGAUAGCAGGGACAGGCAGAAGCAGGCUGAAACGGAGCAGAGGAGUUGAAAAAGAAAAGUUAUAGGCAGGAGAAAGAGAAUUGUUUAGGGGAGGAGUGGAAACUGAUAGCAGGGACAGGCAGAAGCAGGCUGAAACAGAGCAGAGGAGUUGAAAAAGAAAAGUUAUAGGCAGGAGAAAGAGAAUUGUUUAGGGGAGGAGUGGAAACUGAUAGCAGGGACAGGCAGAAGCAGGCUGAAACAGAGCAGAGGAGUUGAAAAAGAAAAGUUAUAGGCAGGAGAAAGAGAAUUGUUUAGGGGAGGAGUGGAAACUGAUAGCAGGGACAGGCAGAAGCAGGCUGAAACGGAGCAGAGGAGUUGAAAAAGAAAAGUUAAGGGCAAAGAGAGAAAGAGAAUUGUUGGCUAAUAAUAAUAAGUGGGCUAACUAGCUCAGCCUUACUUUUGUCGCUCAGGAAGGUAAAAGAAAGGAGAUAAAAAGGAAAAGAUAAAAAAAGGAAGAAAAAUAGAAAAAAGGGGAUAAAAUAAAGGAGGAGAGUAAGCAGUGUUUAGUCUGGCUCAUAAAUUAAGUUUUGUUAUCUUAUAAAAUAAAAGAAAAAAAUAAGUAAGGGAAGGAGAAAAUAAAAAAAAGGAAAAAGAGAUCCUUAAUAUAGUGAUAUACUAUAAGGAAGGUAAAGAAGCAGGCAGGAAAAGGAAUUUCUUUUGAUGGUGAUAUUAAUAAAAAUUGGCACCUAAUACAGCAUUGUUUUUGGUGUUAGUAAUAAAAGGGAAAAGAGGAGGGAAAAAAGCACUGUGUGGAGUGCAGAUCAAAACGUAAGAGUAAAAGUAGUUGUUAAAUUGUGAAACAAAUUUAGAACCCAUGUCUGAAAAAAAGAAAUACGCUCGUGGCUAUUUACCAGAGUAUCUGAAGAUGGGUUUCAUUGAAUCUGUUACAAAUAAACAGCUUCCAAUGUGUUUACUGUGCCACAAGACAUUAUCUAAUGAAGCAAUGAAGCCAAGUCGAUUGCGAGAACAUCUUACUACAAAGCAUUCGCAAGAUAAAGAUAAGCCCAUUGAAUAUUUUCAAGAAAUCUAUAAAAGAUUUCAAAAUCGUUCAACAAUAGCUACAUCCUUUCAAAAACAACAUGCAAAGAAUGAGGAUGGAUUAACUGCAGCUUAUCGUAUAUCACACUUAAUUGCAAAAAGUGGUAAAAGCCAUAAUAUUGGAGAAACUUUGAUAAUACCCUCUAUCAAAGAAUUUAUCUCAACAGUAAUGCAUCAGGAUAUACCUGAAGUUUUAAAAACAUUGCCCCUUAGCGAUAACACAGUAAAGAGACGCAUUGAUGAAAUGGCGGCUAAUGUUGAAAAUAAACUUAUAGGUAUUCUCCAAAAUUCGUCAUUUUCUAUACAAUUGGAUGAGUCUGUCAUUGCAGAUAAUAAUGCUCUACUGAUGACAUAUGUACGGUACCUUGAUGAAAACAAUACAUUGCAAGAAGAAAUGCUAUUCACUGUCAAUCUGAUUACAGAUACAAAAGGAUUAUCAAUAUUUAAUGCUGUGAAAUCAUACUUUGCAAAAAACAAUAUACCCUUGAACAAUAUUGUUGCAUGUGCUACUGACGGAGCACCAUCAAUGGUAGGCCGCUAUCGUGGGUUUGUUGCUUACUUGAAGGAAGAAGUGCCAAGCGUUUUGUGUAUUCAUUGUGUUGUACACAGACAACAUAUUGUAGGAAAACAUUUAAGUACAAGUCUCCAUUCAUCAUUAAGUAUUAUAAUUAAAGCUGUAAAUAAGAUAAAAUCUAAUGCCAAGUGUGAUAGAAUGUUUCGACAGCUGUGCCAGGACAAUAACGAGCAGUUUAUUAGGUUACUUUUACAUACAGAAGUUCGAUGGCUCUCAAAGGGUACAUGCUUGACUCGUUUUGUUGCAUUAUUUGAUAGUGUCGUACAGUUUUUUGAAAGUGAUAAUGAGACUGGUCUCUAUGAACAGUUAAAAAACGUAAAGAAUGAUGCCUUUUAUUUGGCAGACAUUUUCAAGAGAUUUAAUGACAUUAAUUUGCAGCUUCAAGGAGCCAAUAUAACUCUUAUAAGUUGCAAAAAUAUUGUGUCAUUAUUUAUCGAAAAGCUUGAUCUUCUCCGUCAUAAUAUUUUCAAGAGAGAAUUUCAUCAGUUUCCUGAAUUGUCCUCUAUAAACAAUGAUGUAAGUCCGGGGGAUAUUGAAAGGUUCAGUAGUCACCUCAAGGAACUCAAAUUGGAUAUGGAAAAACGAUUUCAAGAUAUUUUGAACUUAAAGGUGCAUGACUGGAUGAUAAAUCCUUUUACAGCAAAUGUUGCUGAAGUUGAUAUAACUUGCCAAGAAGAACUAUUAGAACUUAAAUAUGACGAAGAGAGUAAAUGUAAUUUUGGCAGUGGUGGAUACCAAAAACUCUGGCAAAAUAAAAAAAUGCCUGCGUUAUAUCCAAAUAUGUGGAAAAUGAUGUUCAAUUUAUUGAUACCUUUCCCUACCACAUAUCUUGUAGAAUCAGGCUUUAGUGCUGUUAAUCAUAUUAUGAGCAAACAGAGAAACCGUCUGAAUAUCACCGAAAGAGGAGACCUUCGUUUGUUCCUUACGAAAAUCGAACCAGAUAUCAAAUAUUUAGUCUCGCAGCAUCAGCCUCAAGGAUCUCACUAGUAAAGCUAAUUUCAAUUUACUUUAUUGUUUUCUAAUUAAACUUUAUAAAGUUAAAAACAUUAUAAACAUGCAUAAAGUAGAAAUAAAAAGAUAAGUGUACGUACAUUUAUUUAUUUUUUUUAAAACAACCUCCUUUCUAAAAAAUAUUCCGCGCUUGCGCGAAAACUGGUGGGCGGUAAGGAAAUUUUUCCAUCAAGAAAGAUGCAUUAGUGGGCGGUAGGUAGAAAAAGGUUGACUACCACUGAAAUAGAGCAAUCAGGGCAUUGCUCUCUCACUGUUGGGUAAUAUCCUUUAACAUUCACAGCAAUGUGUAACAAGUCACAUUAAAGAAAAAGAAAAAAAAAUAGCCUCAUGUUGACGUCACAUUAUACUUUGAGUUUUAUUGCGAGAAUCGAAAACCAAACAAUAAAAUGAAUACCAACAUAGCCAAGCUGGAAACACAGCUGAGUUGGAAAAUUGAAGCAAUGUUAUUUUGGGCUGCAUUUUGCAAUUUCCUUUUUUAAUUUAAGCAACGUUCAUGGCUAAAAACCCUUUCUCUUACAGAGUUAGUCCAAGGUGCAGUAAUAUUGGGCUGAACAGAGGAUGUGACGGUGAGAUUGCUCCCUCCUGUUAUGGAAGGUAAUGGGUGCUCCUGUGUCUGGCACACAAAAUGCUGCAUCAAAGCUAAAACAGUGACAAUGCCGGCUGCCUGCAGGCUCUUCCCAGGCCCAGAAGAAUGCAGGAUGGGGGAGAGAGCUUCACCCAGACAGAGCUGACUCAGGCUCAAAGACACUGCUGAGUUGAGCAAUCCAUGGGAUAACAUCCUGCCUGUCUCAUGAAUGAAACAUGGUAACUCAGCAGGAAAGUACUUGCCAUGUUUAGCCACAAAGUAGCACGGCUUUACACAUGGGUCACAUAACUGUUAGUAAUAUGAAAACUCCACAGCUGCAGAGAACUGGAGAGGCCUCUUGUGAAUGUGUAUGAAAUCAUUCUAACCCCCCACCCCCCCAAAAAAAACAGACCAGUAAAAUCCUGAGAUUUUAUAGUGAGCGGGAUAUAUUAUUAAUAUUUAUAGUGCUCACAUAUUCCACAGCACUCUAUAAUGGUGGGGCAAUAAGACAAGUUUGACUCCAAGAUGGAGUUUGGCCACUGAUCAAAAGAGCUUACAAUCUAAAAUAUUUACUCAUUACUCAUCUGCAAAUGUCAUUCUCAGUUUGGUUCCCCAGAGUGUUUGAAGAAGGCUCCUUAGUGAAAUCCUGCCACGCAUGUAAAAAUAGGGUUACUGUGAUCCUUUGGAUUAGGGAGGAUGCUACAGGGAUAAUUAGGGGUAAUGUUAGUUAUAAUUAGGGUGAACCUAACCCAAAUUCUGACUAGAAGUCUAAAAUUUGAUCAAUUAACUCCCAAAUAUACUUUUUAUCCUACAUUAACUCUAACUCUCAGAAAUGUUGUAUUCAACAUGGUUAAUCAACCUUAAAGAAUCAUUCUAACAUAUCUCCCAACUAUUCAUAUUUAGUAUAAACACUCCCUACUGUGGGCCCAAACCCCUCUCUCGCUCUUUUCUUUCCUAAUGUCCCUCUUUUCCAGGAGCUCUGUAUUGUUGGUACAUCUGCAUAUAACGGAGCUCCACAGCAAUAACACUCCCAGUAAUGUGUCUGAGUGUAUAACAGAGCUCCACAGCAAUAAUACUCCCAGUAAUGUGUCUGAGUGUAUAACAGAGCUCCACAGCAAUAAUACGCCCAGUAAUGUGUCUGAGUGUAUAACGGAGCCCCACAGCAAUAAUACUCCCAGUCAGUGGUGUAUCUUGGUUUUGUGCUGCCCUAGGCAGGACAAAACUCAGGCGCCCCCCUCCCCCUGCGCCACCCCCACCCAACCCUUCCCCCCGCCCCACCUUCUAAAUACACACACACACACAGUCAGACACAUAAACACACACACACAGUCAGACACAUACACAGACACAAACACACACACACACAGUCAGACACAAACACACACACAGUCACACACACACAGUCACACACAGACACAAACACACACACAGUCACACACAGACACAAACACACACACUAACUUUUUUUUUAAUUUAAAUCCCCCCCCCAACCUCCUUACCUUUGGGAGUGCUGGGGGGGGGGGUUCUCUCUCCCUGGUGGUCCGGUGGUCCAGUGGCUGCAGGGCGGGCGGGCGGCGCUGGCAGGCGGGCGGCUGGCGAGGGAGCACUUCCUAUGAGCUCUCUGCUCAGCUCCCUCGCUCGCCGGCUGCAGAGUGAGGCUGGGAGCCGGAAGAUGACGUCAUCUUCCGGCUCCCAGCCUCACUCUGCAGCGCGCGAGGGAGCUGAGCAGAGAGCUCAUAGGAAGUGCUCCCUCGCCAGCCGCCCGCCUGCCAGCGCCGCCCGCCCGCUCGCUCGGGAUGUCAGUUAGCCGCAAGGCUAACUAGGCAUUUGCCCUGGGCAUUUGGGGGCGGCGUUUUUUGCCGCCCCCUGAAAAAUGCCGCCCAAGGCAAAUGCCUUGUUUGCCUCGCGGCUAAUACGCCCCUGCUCCCAGUAAUGUAUUUGAGUGUAUAACAGAGCUCCACAGUAAUAAUACUCCCAGUAAUGUGUCUGAGUGUAUAACAGAGCUCCACAGCUAUAAUACUCCCAGUAAUGUGUCUGAGUGUAUAACAGAGCCCAACAGCAAUAAUACUCCCAGUAAUGUGUCUGAGUGUAUAACGGAGCUCCACAGCAAUAAUACUCCCAGUAAUGUGUCUGAGUGUAUAACAGAGCUCCACAGCAAUAAUGCUCCCAGUAAUGUGUCUUUAAACUACAAUAAAUGUGUUUAGAAAUCAAUCGAUGCAAAUAAUAACACCAACUUUCCUUAACUUGCCGGGCAGUUCUCUAUAGCGACUGUGCAUGUAGAUUCCCACAAAAUUAGGUAACAACACCAGUAUAGUAUUCACUAUUAAAAGUUCAGCCUUUAUUUAGCCACUUUGUUCUAGUGGCGUGUUCAUUCGACCACUGAUUAUAAUGAUGAAUGUUACAUCACAGGUGCGACACAAUGUAACCCCCACAUGCAGUGAAGUGCCCCCUUACAGGGAUACUGUAGAUGCCAAGGGGUAAUAUUGCCAAUUUCCUUCCUUCCCUUUAAACUGACAGAAGAGUAAAGGGUAACUCUCCCAUGCUGACUGAGGUGAAGCCAUCAGCAAUGUGGGUGAAUAUCACUUUUGUAGUCAAUGACACAUAUUUUAUAUAAUACCAAGAAGCAGUAUGAAAGCUCUCAAAGUAAUCCCAUGUUGCUACGUACAGUACUACCCCUCACAGGCCUGUGUAAACACCACCAUUGCUGUAUGAGGAUGGAUACAAGGAGCAGAGUUUUACAAAAUAAAAAAACUAAAAACUAUUUUGUGCAGAACCUCCUUUUGAAGAGAGAAUCCUAUAUGUUCAGCAACCUAUAUCUGAUCCCAAGAACCUCAGUUUUAAUUCCACGCUUUAGACGGUUCUGUAAAUACAACCGACAGUGGGACAGGAAAUAUAAAAUGAAUGGAUCCAAUGACUGAUAACUCUGAGCAGAGGGAUUUAUACACUUUGUGUCUGAUCGCAAUCACCGCUGACAGACCCCUACCUCUUGCUGAAACACAGUUUGUCAUACAUGGGAUGAUUAAUGUGCCUAUAAAACAUAUUUCUGUUAAUAAUAAUGAUUUUUACUGCAAACAGACCAUCAUGAAACAUGUAUUAAACUCAGACCUCCAAGUUUCCUUUACAUUUAAAUGCUAAAUGCCUGCUGGUGUGCUAACCCUUACAGUGUUGAGGGGGAGCAAUGUUUUCAGGGAUAAAUAGAAUUAUUUCAAACCGCAUUUUAACAAAACCUUAAUCUCUGUAUCCUGGAGUGCUUUAAUGAGACCUCCUGCUUAUCCUGUGGCCUUAGGGCAGGGAGCAGAAUGAUCCAGGGUGUGUACAGGCAGAUUUUCACCUCCCCCGAUUAAUGUAUUUUAAACUAAGUCACAUAUUUACUAAACAGUGUGUGGUGGUAAUUUACCAUAUGUGUGAUUUCCUAUAACUUCCUAUUGCUAUAAACACUCUUUACUAGCUCCAACAGCAGCACAAAUCAAAAGAAAAAUCACAGACCAAUCAAAAAAUGAGUAGGAGGUAAUAUUAUUAUUUUAUUAUUAUUAUUGGUAUUUAUAUAGCGCCAAAUAAUUCCGCAACGCUUUACAAUAUUAUAAAAGGCGGGGAUGGGGGGAUUUACAAUACAUGAGGCAAUUACACAGUGACCCAGGAACAAUAGGUAGAUGAAGACCCUGCUCAAACGAGCUUACAGUCUAGAUGAGGUGGGGUACAGGUAGAUGAGGUGGGGUACAAACAGGGCAGCAAGGGUGACAGCCACCAAACAAGGUGGACAAGUAGCAUAACUGGAGGAGAGAGUGGAGUAUGGUUCUUUAGGAUAGCAAGAGACAGACUUGGGUAAGUAUAGAUAAAUUACUCCAGGAGUCCAAAAGCAUUUCUGAAUAGAUGUGUUUUGAGGAACUUCAGGACCAAUUGAACACUAGGGGAGAGUCUGAUGGGGAUAGGCAGGCUGUUCCAAAAGAAGGGAGCCGCCCGCGAGAAGUCCUGCAAGCGUUAAUUAGCAGUAAGGGUGUGUGCAGUGGACAGGAGAAGGUCACCGGCAGAGUGGAGAGACUGAGAAGAGGAAUAUCUAUGAAUAAGGGAAGCAAUGUAAGAGGGGCUAGAGUUGGUUAGAGCUUUAUAGGUAAGGGUUAGUAUUUUGAAUUGACACCUAUAUGAUACAGGAAGCCAGUGUAGGGAUCGACAGAGGGGUGAGGUAUGGGAGUAACAACGGGUGAGAAAGAUCAUCCUGGCGGCAGCAUUCAUAACCGAUUGUAGCGGGCAGUUUGGCUUUUGGGGAGACCAACUAGGAGAGAGUUACAUUAAUAAAUGCAAGAGAUUGCAAGAGCAUGAACAAGAUUCUUGGCAGAAUCUUGCAUGAGAAAGGGGCGGAUGCGGGCGAUAUUUUUAAGGGUGGAAUUGACAAGGUUUAGCAACAGACUGGAUAUGUGGGGCAAAGGUGAGGCCAGGAUCAAAGAUAACACCAAGACAACGAGCUUGCAAGGAUGGAGUGAUGCAAGCACCAUCAACUUGCAGGUGAGUGAAGGAGGAGGAUUAGCAUUAUGGGGGGGAAAAAUAAGAAGCUCCGUUUUAGAGAGAUUGAGUUUCAGAAAGCGGGAGGACAUCCAAUCAGAAAUAGAAGAAAGGCAAGCAGUGACAUGUCGCAGGACCGUGGGGAAAGAUCAGGGAAGGAGAGAUAUAUCUGGGUGUCGCCGGCAUACAGAUGAUAAUGGAAUCCAAAAGGAGUUCAUGAGUUUGCCGAGAGAGGCAGUAUAAAGAGAGAACAGAAGGGGACCAAGAAUAGAUCCUUGGGGGACUCCAACCGAGACAAGGUGAGAGGAGGAGGUGUCCUUACAAAAGGAGACACUGAACCAACGUUGGGAGAGAUAGGAGGAGAACCACGAGAGGACAGUGUCACACAGGCCGAGGAAUUGAAGAGUUUGGAGAAGGAGGACAUGAUCAACAGUGUCAAAGGCAGCAGAGAGGUCAAGAAGAAUAAGUAUGAAGUAGUGGCCUUUGAAUUUAGCUACGAUUAAGUCAUUUGUAACGUUAAUUAAAGCAAUCUCAGUAGAGUGGAUGGGGCGAAAGCCAAAUUGAAGAGGAUCAAGUGAGUCAUAUGAGUAAAGACAAGUCUUUCUAGAAGUUUGGAGGAAAAAGCAAGCAGGGAUAUGGGACGAUAGUUGGAAGGGGAAGACGGAGAAGGCUUGUAGGGUAGGGAAGGUACGGUCCAUGUGUGGUUGUGAAAGGGAGGAGCAAAGGGGGGAAUAUAAGGGCAUGUACAUAAAAGCACCUCCUUUUUUCUUUGAUGUAAAAAAAGGGCAUCAAGAAUACAUAAAACCAGUCAAAUUCAACAAUGAAGAAAUGGAAACAAACAUCAAAUUAAUCUGAUCACAAGAUGCAAAGGUAAAUUCCCAACUCCUGGAGGAGUACCAAAGCCCAAGGUUAAGCUGAAACAAAAGGAAAACACGUGAAAGGUAUCUCAAAAUUAGAAUAUAUAUAACAUACACAACCAAAUAUUCAUGGCAGCAAAGUAUGCAUAACUAAUCAUCAAUAAUAAUAACACAUGCAAAACUGAUAAACAGCGAAUGGGUAACAUUAUGUAAAUAAAAUAAAUGUAAACAAGCGUAAAAUGCAUCAAACAUAACAAGUGACUAACAGUGAAAAGAAGACCACGGCAAACGUGAAAAAAAGAUACACACAAGGGAGGGAGGCAGGGAGGGAAAAUAUUUGUCAUUACUAAAAUCAAUGUUAUUUCAUGCAAAUUGCAGAGCGCUGUACAAUGGUUUUAAAGGACGGAGCUACCAUUUUAUACAUAAAAAAGGAGUCUUUUUAUGCCAGCAUAUAAGUGACACAUUUAUGUAUGUAGUAUUCACAUUCUCACUUAUAAUCAUUGUGUCCACACAACCUUUGGGGUUCAGUCUGAUAUAAAUGUCACAAAUGUACAGGAUAUUUAAAGGACUCCAAUGGUGACUUUUUAUUUUAAUUUGUUGGAUAUUUUGAGAAUGUGGGGUAUACUGCUACCAGUUUGUGAACUGACCUUUUAUUAUCUCUUUCACUGGUAAAUCACAUGUCACAUUGUAGUGUGUGUAUCAAAUGUAUUUAUAGUAACAAAAGAGGAGAUAACAGAGCAGACUGUCUAAAGAAUAAAUGGACAGCCGGCUCCUAAGAUCCACGAGAGCCCUGUGUCGAGCAAUCUGAAAAGCAUCGCUUUGCACAAAGGUAGUCUAAGGUUUGGAAGGCUGUGUGUUACACAUAUUCUGUGUGAUCAGGGCAUAGAAUCCCCAUUAACCCUUUCACCUGAAGUCCGCCUUCCUGUAUGAUUAUUUUGCACAAAUUAUGGAGAACAUGAAACUGUAUCAUGUGAAGCCCAAGAUGAAAGGUUGGCGUUCGAUGCUGAGGAAUCCUCCGUAUUUGUUACACCAUUUGAAAAAGCUACGACAAAACCUGUAGGUUCUGCACGAAUACCCUAGCACUAUUGCCAGAAAUGCAAUAAGUAGUUAUGGUACUUGCAGUGCAGCAGCAGGGCUCAUCUUGCAGUUCUCUCGCACCUGCCAAACUGUCAGUCCUUACAAUGACAAUAUUAAAUGUACGGCUCCAUUCAGGACUUCCACCCUACAACUGUCCUCUGCUCAUACCAGUACUUUCCACUCUCCCCUUCAAGUCUUCUCCGGGGCUGCACUGUUCCAGUGACUCCAUUACAUCCUCCCCCAGCCGAAACUCCUUUAAUCACUAAGGGCAAAUCAAUGAAACAUUAACGUUUUCCCUUCUCUCCUCACACCUCACUAACCUGCUUCACUUCAUCUCCUCCAACAAUGUCAUACAACAUUUAAAUAAACACUCCAGCACACUAACAACGUCAUCAAAAUGAAGUUGUUAUGGUGUCAGGAAGUCUGUAGCUUUGGCUUACCUUCAUGAAUGGUUUAACCACAAAGUCUCCUUUCAAGUGAUAAAAAUUACUUAACCCCUCCAGCAGUUGCCUGCUGGAAAGCUUGAGAACAAUACAUAGGUUUCUCAAGUGGUUUUGUGAAUAGGAAUUGACCGAUUGGCUGAGAGUAUCAGCUAACCGCUCCAAGCCAAUCGGCGGCACACCUGUCUGCGGCAGUUCUACAAUCCUGUCUGCAGCAAGUUUUCCAGAUGUUGAGAGGGAGUGGAGAUUUCUGGUGCUGGAAAGGAGACAUUGGGGUUAAAUGGUUUAUUGGUUGAACCCCUAAAGGGAGCCAGUGCCAGGUACCUUUGGGCACCAUAAAAACUUAAUUUUGAUGGUAGAAUAUUCCUUUAGAAGGGUACUAUAGCCACCCGGACCACUUCAGCUCACUGAAGUGGUCUGGGUGCAGUCUCAGGUCCCUUAACCCUGUAAUGGUGAUUAUAGCAGUUUUUAAUAAACUGUAAAAAUUACCUUUGAGGGUUAACUCCACCUCUACUUGCUGUCUACCAGACAGCCACUAGGGGGACUUUCAGGGCUUUGGGCGACCUUCGGCCGCCUAAAUGACGAUUGACAUCCUCACGCUAUGCAUGAGGACACCUAGCAUCACGUGAAAUCCCAUAGUUUUACAUACAUGCUUUCCUAUGAGGUAAGUAAUAAUGUGAGCGCAGCCAUCGCAGCACAUGGGCAUUAAGUCUCCCCCACUGGCUGACGUUGGCGGAGAGAGGAGUGAGGCGGCGCCUGAACCAGCACUUCAGCAACAACUUACACCUUUGUUUUCCUGGCACUAUAGUAAACUCUCCCAGCAGAAAUACACUUUCCUCUUAUAUUAGACUGAAAAUUAAUGUCUGAGCAGGUUCCUCACUGCCUGCUGUUCCCCUAUGUCCAACUUAUCUUGUUUUUACGGUUUGUUAUUUCACCUAUUGAACUGCUCAAGGUUAUGUUUGGAGCUUUGUAUUUUAGAUGAAGUGAACUUUGCAGAUCACCAUUUACAUUUCACUGAUAAAACAGCCAGAAAGUGUUCAUUUUGUAUGCUUACUGGAUUCUAGUAGUGAUGUAGUCACCAUGGUAUAUUUGUUUCAUCAAUCUGAGCAAAAAAAUAAAGUUUGAACAAACUGUUAAACUUGCAUCUGUACACACAAUAGGGUAACAUAGUCUAGAGCACACACACUCUGAACUAUUUAUGAGGAAUGCAAUCAGAAAGUGUAAAUAAACAUUAACAAGAUUUACCUGCAGCAGAAGGCAGGUAAAGGAGGACUUCCUGCUGCACCCUGAAGCUUCCACCUUUUAUGGUAAAGAGAGGGCUGAGGGGCAGGACAAGGUUGGAAGGAGGUAGAGAGGGAAGGAGGGAGGAAGGGGCUCUGUGAUGUCAGUAGGAGGGUCUGUGUCACUCACUGACCCCUGUAGAAAGCACAGCAGGGCUGGAUCACAAAAAACAAAGCAGACAUAGCUCAGCUAUUGUUCUGAGAAGAUAGAAGGAAGGACACACACCCACCUCUGCAUAUACACUCACUCAGGAUUAUACAGGGAUUUCCCACUGCACAGUCAGGUAUGCUACCUCCUCUGUUACUCUGCUUUGCCAGGAUUCCUUACUAUGCUCCCUGAAGGAUGGCUGCUGGACAUGGGACCCACUGGGCUUUCUGUCUGACUAUACUCCUAAUGUGCUAAAUGAUUAUAAUUAGCUUAUAUCAUUGAUAUACUGAAAUGGCUGUGUUUUAAGUGGAUUUGGUCUUUCUUAUAUUUAGGGUUGAUAGAAAGAGACCACUGGCUGUACCCAUGUGCAGCAUUGCUAUUGGUGGGCUUUGGGGGGGGGACAGAGUUAUAUGUAAAGGUGACCUGUCUUGUGGUUUAAAGUUGCAGGAAGCCCUUUUUUUCUUCAUCCUUUGAGCACUAUAUUCAUUGCCUGAGGACUGGGUAGCAAGCAGCAAACAGGCAUGUACGGUGGGUUUCCAAUGAUUGCACAUCACAAAUCAAAUGGCUUAGUGUGGAACCCAGUCUGUACAGGACAACAGUGAUAAAAUCCCCAUCUUACCACAGGGAGUUUGUGUACGACAUGGACAUUAAAAUCAGAUACUAAUACAUCCUUCAACAUAAAUCAGGCGAAAAGGGAAAGUCAUUACUAUUGUGUAUCCGUAUAAUUAAAAUGGAAGCUGGAAGCGGUUUGAAAAUCACAGUAGAGUUGGAGAUAAUUUAACUUCCUUCCUGUUAAGAGCAUAAUGUGUUUAUACGUUCUGUGUUCCAUUGAGAUAAUUUGUUUUAUAAAAUACAUUGAGGUGGUUACAGGAUAUGCUUUAUAUAUAUUACUAGUAUAGCUUGCUUUGCGCUAGUAACAUUACAGAAAGACUGCGACUGUGAGUGAUGGAGUCUUUAUUAUAAACAGCAGGAAUUAUUAAAACUUUCUUUUUGAAUGGACUGUGAUCUUUCAGUGCUUACAUAAAAUGAUACAUAGAUACCGAUACCACUGGAGCGUUGCACACUCCACAGAAAAAAUAGACCUUUGACCAAGAUGAAGAUAGUUCUGUUGUUUAUACAACAACGUUGAAACGUUGAAAUGAAUUUCCUUUUAGAAGUCUGCAUAACAUUGACGUUUGCGGUUAGAUUACAUGGGCCUUUCCUGGAUUUUUGAGAACAAAUGUAAAAAUAUAAUUACCAAGCCAUCUCAGGGUGAUGUCUCGGGAACCUGCAUGCUGCACACAGUUCAUUGAAACUAAAUGUCAUGCAAUCUAUGUGUACUUGGAAUAAUUGUCACACAUCUUCCAGGUCACGCGUGGCUCAGCUUAGUCAGCACUCCACUCCCAUAAUGUGAGCCUGAAACACUUUCAUGUUGGUGCAGGAACUGGUCACAUACACUCAAGGCAAAGUGCACGUCUUUGGUAAACAGUAACAGGCAGAGAUAUCUGCCCUAUACCACACACCCAUUGCAAACACACACGCCCCGGCACACCCAGUGCCCAGCAGCAUUUACUCCAAAUGCUGCAUGCACAACCCUUUAAUGGUUUGUGAAGGGGGGGGGGGAGGUAAUGCCUUAAUUCGUCCAUAUCUUCCACACAGCUUCCCAAUGGAAUAGAGGAUUUACCAACAUUAUUAAAGAACACCUAAUGUUCAUUGGCUGACUUAGCAUUCUGGGACCUAUAGUCCACAAUCACCUAGAUUAUAGAAUGCCAAAGUUAGAAGUCACUGGUGCAAUAUCGUCUGCCCCCAAAAGCUUACACUUUAGAGAGGGUAGAAAGUCCACGAACUGCUCUCAGAAUUGGGUUGUUUUAUUAAGCUUUUCAGGUGCCUCUAUUUAAAUCACUAUUUUAUAAUAAGGGGAGUUAACAGAUUUGGUGAAAUUCCAACUGGAUGAGUGGUUUAAGCACUAAACAGAUAGCAGAAAAUGCAAUGCAUUGACAAUCUGUUGAUUCUGACAAUAACGAUGAAUGGACCAUACCUUUUUUUUUUUCAAAACGUUAUUCUAGGAAUGUAUUAGAAAAGAGAGACAUAUUAUAACUACAAUGGAGUCUUAAUGGUUUUUACUGGCUGUAACAUUGAUCACUUAUUGGAUCAUCUUAUGUGCAACUCUUCGUUGUGUAAAAAAAAACAUCUAUUGAUCUUAAAUCGGCUCUGUCACCUUGUAGGUUGUAUCUGAAUAUUUGCCAUAGACCCCAAAUAAUGACUGCUCUGCUUUCUAUUCAAGUGGGAGACAAGGGAGGUUAGUUUUUACUUGCCUAAACCUGUCCCUUGCACGCUCCACCUUCUUUUUCCUUGAGGUCCACUUCAGCUCCUAGAGCUUCAUCUGUUUUGAGCCGUCAUCAUCGCUGUACUCUGACGCAAUGAGGUUUAUGGAGCAUUAAUAAUUUUGGUAUUUAUAUAGCGCUUUACAAUUUUAUGAAAGGGGGAAAUUUAACAAUAAAUGAGACAAUUACAAAAUGAUACAGGAACGAUAUAUAGAUGAGGAGCCUGCGCAAAGGAGCUUACAAUCUAGAGGAGUGGAGUAUAAAGACUCAGUAGGGAGGGCAUCAAAAGGGGACAGCAAACAAACAAGAUGGAAAAGUAGCAGAAGUGGAGGUGAGAGUGGAGUGUGGCUCUUUAGGAGAGAGCAAGAGACAGAUAUGUGAUGUAGAAGUUACUCUGGGAGGCCAUAAGCAUUUUUGAACAGAUGGGUUUUGAAGGACUGCUUAAACGAUUGAAGACUAGGGGAGAGUCUGAUGGGUGUAGGCAGGCUGUUCCAAAAUGAAAGGAGCCGCCCAUGAAAAGUCCUGCAAGUACGAAUUUGCAGUAAGGAUGCGAGCAGAGUACAGGAGAAGGUCACAGGCAGAGUGGAGAGACCGAGAAGGGACAUACCUAUGACUCCAAGAAGCAAGGUAACAUUGGCUCGAGUUGGUUAGAGCUUUAUAGGUAAGGGUUAGUAUUUUGAAUUGACACCUAUAGGAUACAGGAAGCCAGUGUAAGGAUCAACAGAGAGGCGAGGUAUGGGAGGAGCAACAGGUGAGAAAGAUCAGCCUGGCGGCAGCAUACAUUGCAGUUGGUAGCGGGGCAAUACGGCUUUUGAGGAGACCUACUAGGAGAGAAUUACAGUAAUCCAUGCAAGAGAUUACCGGAACGUGAACAAGCUCCUUGACAGGAUCUUGCGUCAGAAAGGGGCAAAAGCAGCUAUUUUUUAAAGGUGGAAUCAACAGAUUUUAGCAAUAGACUGGAUAUGGCCAUAAUCAAAGACAACACCAAGACAACAAGCUUGCAAGGAUGGGUUGAUGCAGGUACCAUCAACUUGCAAGGAAGGCAAAAGAGGAGGAUUACGAGGAAGAAAAAUAAGAAGCUCCGUUUUAGAGAGAUUGAGUUUCCAGUCAGAGAUUGAAGAAAGGCAAGCUGUGACACGUCGUAGGACAGCAGGGAAGGAGAGAUAUAUAUCUGGGUGUCAUCGGCGUACAGGUGAUAGUGGAAUCCAAAGGAAGUAAUGAGUUUGCCAAGAGAGGCAGUGUAAAGAGAGAAAAGAAGGGGAACCAUGAGACCUUCCAUAGAAAGAGCCUUCUACACCUCAGUCACAACUAGUGACAGAUAAGAACUUGUCAAAAGGUAGCUCCACCUCUUGUCAAGUAUAGAAUAAAAACAAAAAAGUCCCUACUUUGUCUUAUUUUUUUUUGGCUGGGUUGGAAUUUCAGUGACAUCUCAACACAGACUUUAUAAACAUUUCAUAAACAUUUUAUCAUUAUAAAACAUGCUCAUUGGGGAGAGGUUAACAGAGCCGCUUUAAUGGAGACCUGUCAUUUUUAAUAGUAUGUUUACGUAUGCUUAUAUGUUUAUGCUAAAGAAGAGACAGUUCCCCUUAAAAGAAGAGUAGCUCUGGGGUUAAGGACAAGAUUUGAGGAAAUUAUCAUGGAAACGAUUGAAAUGGUACUACUGAUUUAUCUACAUUUAGCGGUUUCACUCGAAAUCCACGUUUUAUAGAGACUGGACCAUAUACCUGUAGUGCAAGACAUGUACACCACUCUGGCAUGCAGAAGGCUAAAGUAACUUUGAAAUUAAGGAAGGAGCCUUCAUACAAAAGUUCAGAAUUCACAAUGAACUUUGCAUCAGAGAUGGACUUCCAAGGAUUGCUCUGUGUGAAAUAUGCCCUGGGAAUAGGGCUGAAGAGAAUGUGAGAAAGUGUCUAAGCAGCCCAACAGAAUGGGGUUUAUUACUGCCUUUACACCCACACGUCCAGCCUGCAGCUGGGGCACGCUUUAUAACUUCCCGUUGGCUGGUAAUUAAUGAAUGUUUCAAUGAAGUGCUGCUGCUUUAAAUAAUCAUUUUACACAGUAUACAUUAAGGGAGUUAUUCCCUUAGCAGUAAAUGGCAGUAAAAUGGCAAACGAUUCAAAACAUUUUACCAUACACAAAAUAAUUGAUUAACAAGAUGAAGACUUUUUCCAGUUUUCAUUUUUAUUUCGCAGUUCUGUAUAAUAAUAAACAUGUUUUAUAGGAUUUUUGUUUUAAAUCUAUUUAUUUUUUAAAUUCUUCCUUUUUUGUUGAGCAAGUUUUACCAACGAGCCUGUGUUGCCACAACAGCAUUCACAAGCAUAAUAUCAUUGUACAUUUCCAAACAUGGCAAGUAGAAGGUCUGCACGAUUUUAUAAUAUGAAGCAGAAAUGGUAGGCAUAGCAUAGUAUUUAAAGUAUAUGACAUAGGAACAUGCUUGGUCCAUAUAUGCUUAGAUAAAGUACUGACAACAAUAGAAGGAAAAGGUGAUGGUAGCUUAACUGAACUAAAACAUUGCAAAAUAUGAGAGAUUAAAGAGUUAGAGAUUAGUGUUAACCUGCUAGCUAGUGAAACCACCAAAAGCUAUUUAACUUAGCUCGCUGAGUGUAAGGACAUAGUAAAGUGAGCAGAGGGGCUGUACUGGGUAGGAGUUGUGGGAUAUUUGGUACAUUCAUCCUAUACCCAUGGCAUACAGGCAGAGAUCAGGCACGCGCAAAGGCUGAUAGAAGUUCUCCAGGAUUCCACAACCCGCCGCAGCACACCAGCUCCUGUAGCCAUAGGCUACCCUUCCCUUGACAAGGUAAAGUCCCUGGGACUCCAGGGGGCUACGAUUUUCGCGGGUGUGCAGCCUGCUACGUGCUACUCGCUGAUGCUGCUUGGGUCUCAGACCAGUUGAGGGAUCCUGGGUAGGAACUCGGGUGUGGAACCCUUGUGCUGCUCGCUGAUGCCACUUGGGUCUCUGACCAGUUGAGUGUUUCCUGGCAGGAACUCGGGUGUGGAACCCUUGUGCUGCUCGCUGAUGCAACUUGGGUCUCUGACCAGUUGAGGGUUUCCUGGCAGGAACUCGGGUGUGGAGCCCUUAUACUGCUCGCUGAUGCCACUUGGGUCUCUGACCAGUUGAGGGUUUCCUGGCAGGAACUCGGGUGUGGAGCCCUUGUGCUGCUCGCUGAUGCCACUUGGGUCUCAGAUCAGUUUAGGGUUUCCAGGGAGGAACUCUGGAAGCAGGUUGAGCCACAUGGACCCUCAUUUCAAAUUGCUUCCUCCGUUUCCUCAGGUUCUGCCAUAACCGCUGGCAUAUGGCAUCAAAUGCUCAUAAGAAGCCCUCUUCCCAGCUCUACGUUGGUUCUUGUACAACAUGCUUUGCGGCAGCGCCGCUGUUAGCCAUUUUAGAUAGUCCACGUGGGAACUUUUUAUGCAGGAGUCACCCAGGAGCCGCAGGUAGGCAAGUGAACAUUGCUUGGUGGGGACCGGGAUAACCCCCACCGACCCAGAGGGGGGGAGUACGGGGUUCUAUAGUUCCACAAUGUAGAAAGCAUGAGCCGCCUCGGACAGAGAGAUCCGCAGCUUCUCCCGCCGAGACAACACCAGGCCGCAAGUAGAUGGUGGCUGCUACUGAUUGGGUUUGAGAGUGUGGAGGUCUGGAUCUCACUCCAAUGUUGCCUACAAGAUACUAGACAAGUUUGCCAGUAUGAGUUAGACCAGUAAUAGGGCUUUUGUCAUCCGUUAAAUCGCUUUUAAGCCAGGAUCAGGCAGGAGCCAAGCUAUUUUUAUUUAAAUUCUGUCUUUAAUAAUUGACACAUAUUUGCUGCAAUUCAUGGUUAAGACAUUGUUUCUAAUGCAAUUUAUUUGGUGCAGAAUCUAUCCCUAAACAUAUCCUAUAUGAAUAGGCCAAUUAAGGUAGAUAUGGUCACAUUCCUGUUUGCAUUGGGUAAAUUUAGCUGCAAUGGAAGGGCUUAAAGGAUCACUAUAGUGUCAGGAAAACAAACUCGUUUUCCUGACUCUAUAGCAUCCUUAGAACCCCACCCUCAGGGCCCCCCUCCCGUAGCGUUGAAGGGCCCUUUCAGCCACUUACCUUAAUCCAGUGCCGGGCUCCCUCGGCGCUGGUGACCUCUUCUCCCCCGCCGACAUCAGCUCCUGAGUCAUUUCUCAAUGCUUUCCUAUGGACUUUCUGCACGCUGGAUGCAAAUUUUGCAUCCAGCGUCGCAGAAGCGCCUCUAGCGGCUGUCCAGAAGACCGCCACUAGAGGCUGGAUUAACCAUGCAAUGUAAACAUAGCAGUUUCUCUGAAACUGCUAUGUUUACAUCUGAAGGGUUAAAACCUGGGGGACCUGACACCCAGACCAGUUCAUAGAGCUGAAGUGGUCUGGGUGUCUAUAGUGUCCCUUUAACCCCUUAAGGACACAUGACAUGUGUGACAUGUCAUGAUUCCCUUUUAUUCCAGAAGUUUGGUCCUUAAGGGGUUAAGUGCAUGCGCAGUGCCAGGCCUGAGGGGCUGGGUACAUGGUGUGCAAGAUGGUGGACCCAAUUUGCAUAUAUAGGAUAUAUAAUGAUAUAAAAUAAUAUCACUCCUUGCUGUUUGUGUUGUGUUUUCAGUAUAUCUUAAAUACUUUUUUCUUUAUUUUAGAAGAUGUCAGGGAAACGAAUGGUAUCCUCAGUCCAGAUAAUGUUGGCUCCACCAUGGAGAGCUGAAAUAUCACGCAAGACACAAUCCCACACCCAUGAGCAGCAUGUUCAACAACUUCCCCCAACACCAUCACCACCACCGCUAGAGCCCCUACAAGACCAAUCCUGGGCAGAACAUGCAGACUUUCAAAAUGGAGGUAAGGUCUAUAACAGUGUAAAUGUGAGAAAUAGUGGCUAAGGGCUAUCCCUCACCUGCAGCCUUACACAGAACCCAAAUAGCUGUGUGUCAUUCUACUACCCAGUCCAUGCCAUACAGAGUAAUCUCCCACUCGGCAACUGUAACUAAAAUGCACACAGCUAUUAUCCACCCGCUGUCCAGCCUGCAAAAAACACAGCGCUAUCCAGUUCUGCUACCCUACUGAGAAUGCACACAGUGAUCACGUCUUCACUGUUAUACCACACACAAAUAUCUGUCACUCUUCUACAGUCUGUAAAACUCACACUUCUAUCCUACCUUUAACAUACAGUGCUAACUUUCACUCGCUUUCUCUGUCUGUAAUACACACAGCUAACUCUCCUGUUAAAUGCACUGGCCAUUAUUGUGUGAGGGUAUCACAGGACUUGACAAAUUUGCUUGGAAUCUCCGAGCCAGCUAAAGAAGUUAGGAGCCAGCUUUUUUUAAACAUAGCUUAAUUUUCAACGACAAAAAUACAAUCCUUAAAGGAACACUAUAGUCACCAGAACCACUACAGCUUGAUGUAGUGGUUCUGGUGUCUAUAUCUAUGUGUCUAUGUGUGUCUCUAUGUAUGUAUGUGUCUGUGUGUAUGAAUGUGUCUGUGCGUGUCUCUGUAUGUAUGCAUGUAUGCGUGUGUGUGAGUGUCUGUCGGGUUAUAAUGCCCGUUAUGAAGCAGGGUUUAGGUGGGAGUACUUUGCCCGUUGUGAUUCAGGGUUGAGGUGGGAGUAUUGCCCAUUGUGAUUCAGGGUUGAGGUGGGAGUACUGCCCAUUGUGAUUCAGAGUUGAGGUGGGAGUACUGCCUGUUGUGAUUCAGGGUUGAGGUGGGAGUACUACAUGUUGUGAUUCAGGGUUGAGGUGGGAGUACUACAUGUUGUGAUUCAGGGUUGAGGUGGGAGUACUGCCCGUUAUGAUUCAGGGUUGAGGUGGGAGUACUGCCCAUUGUGAUUCAGGGUUGAGGUGGGAGUACUUUGCCCAUUGUGAUUCAGGGUUGAGGUGGGAGUACUGCCCAUUGUGAUUCAGGGUUGAGGUGGGAGUACUACAUGUUGUGAUUCAGGGUUGAGGUGGGAGUACUGCCCGUUAUGAUUCAGGGUUGAGGUGGGAGUACUGCCCAUUGUGAUUCAGGGUUGAGGUGGGAGUACUUUGCCCAUUGUGAUUCAGGGUUGAGGUGGGAGUACUGCCCAUUGUGAUUCAGGGUUGAGGUGGGAGUACUACAUGUUGUGAUUCAGGGUUGAGGUGGGAGUACUGCCCGUUGUGAUUCAGGGUUGAGGUGGGAGUACUGCCCAUUGUGAUUCAGGGUUGAGGUGGGAGUACUACAUGUUGUGAUUCAGGGUUGACGUGGGAGUACUGCCCGUUGUGAUUCAGGGUUGAGGUGGGAGUACUGCCCGUUGUGAUUCAGAGUUGAGGUGUGAGUACUUUGCCCGUUGUGAUUCAGGGUUGAGGUGGGAGUACUGCCCAUUGUGAUUCAGGGUUGAGGUGGGAGUACUGCCCAUUGUGAUUCAGGGUUGAGGCGGGAGUACUUUGCCUGUUGUGAUUCAGGGUUGAGGUGGGAGUACUUUGCCCAUUGUGAUUCAGAGUUGAGGUGUGAGUACUUUGCCCGUUGUGAUUCAGGGUUGAGGUGGGAGUACUGCCCGUUGUGAUUCAGGGUUGAGAUGUGAGUACUUUGCCUGUUGUGAUUCAGGGUUGAGGUGGGAGUACUUUUCCCGUUGUGAUUCAGGGUUGAGGUGGGAGUACUGCCCAUUGUGAUUCAGGGUUGAGGUGGGAGUACUUUUCCCGUUGUGAUUCAGGGUUUAGGUGGGAGUACUGCCUGUUGUGAUUCAAGGUUGAGGUGGGAGUACUGCCCGUUGUGAUUCAGGGUUGAGGUGGGAGUACUGCCCGUUGUGAUUCAGGGUUGAGGUGGGAAUACUGCCUGUUGUGAUUCAGGGUUGAGGUGGGAAUACUGCCUGUUGUGAUUCAGGGUUGAGGUGGGAGUACUUUGCCCGUUGUGAUUUAGGGUUGAGGUGGGAGUACUUUGCCCAUUGUGAUUCAGAGUUGAGGUGUGAGUACUUUGCCCGUUGUGAUUCAGGGUUGAGGUGGGAGUACUUUGCCCAUUGUGAUUCAGAGUUGAGGUGUGAGUACUUUGCCCGUUGUGAUUCAGGGUUGAGGUGGGAGUACUGCCCAUUGUGAUUCAGGGUUGAGGUGGGAGUACUUUGCCCGUUGUGAUUCAGGGUUGAGGUGGGAGUACUUUGCCCAUUGUGAUUCAGAGUUGAGGUGUGAGUACUUUGCCCGCUGUGAUUCAGGGUUGAGGUGGGAGUACUGCCCGUUGUGAUUCAGGGUUGAGGUGGGAGUACUUUGCCCGUUGUGAUUCAGGGUUGAGGUGGGAGUCCUUUUCCCGUUGUGAUUCAGGGUUGAGGUGGGAGUACUGCCCAUUGUGAUUCAGGGUUGAGGUGGGAGUACUUUGCCCGUUGUGAUUCAGGGUUGAGGUGGGAGUACUUUGCCUGUUGUGAUUCAGGGUUGAGGUGGGAGUAUUGCCCGUUGUGAUUCAGGGUUGAGGUGGGAGUACUGCCCGUUGUGAUUCAGGGUUGAGGUGGGAGUACUGCCUGUUGUGAUUCAGGGUUGAGGUGGGAGUACUUUUGCCACGUUGUGAUUUAGGGUUGAGGUGGGAGUACUGCCCCUUGUGAUUCAGGGUUGAGGUGGGAGUACUUUGCCCGUUGUGAUUCAGGGUUGAGGUGGGAGUACUGCCUGUUGUGAUUCAGGGUUGAGGUGGGAGUACUUUGCCCGUUGUGAUUUAGGUUUGAGGUGGGAGUACUGCCCAUUGUGAUUCAGGGUUGAGGUGGGAGUACUGCCUGUUGUGAUUCAGGGUUGAGGUGGGAGUACUGCCCGCUGUGAUUCAGGGUUGACAUGGGAGUACUUUGCCCGUUGUGAUUCAGGGUUGAGGUGGGAGUACUGCCCGUUGUGAUUCAGGGUUGAGGUGGGAGUACUGCCCAUUGUGAUUCAGGGUUGAGGUGGGAGUACUUUGCCCGUUGUGAUUCAGGGUUGAGAUGGGAGUACUGCCGUUGUGAUUCAGGGUUGAGGUGGGAGUACUGCCCGUUGUGAUUAAGGGUUGAGGUGGGAGUACUGCCCGCUGUGAUUCAGGGUUGAGAUGGGAGUACUGCCGUUGUGAUUCAGGGUUGAGGUGGGAGUACUGCCCGCUGUGAUUCAGGGUUGACGUGGGAGUACUUUGCUUGUUGUGAUUCAGGGUUGAGGUGGGAGUACUGCCUGUUGUGAUUCAGGGUUGAGGUGGGAGUACUUUGCCCGUUGUGAUUUAGGGUUGAGGUGGGAGUACUGCCCAUUGUGAUUCAGGGUUGAGGUGGGAGUACUUUGCCCGUUGUGAUUCAGGGUUGAGGUGGGAGUACUGCCUGUUGUGAUUCAGGGUUGAGGAGGGAGUACUGCCCGUUGUGAUUCAGGGUUGAGGUGGGAGUACUGCCCGUUGUGAUUCAGGGUUGAGGUGGGAGUACUUUGCCCGUUGUGAUUCAGAGUUGAGGUGGGAGUACUUUUCUCAUUGUGAUUCAGGGUUGAGGUGGGAGUACUUUGCCCAUUGUGAUUCAGGGUUGAGGUGGGAUACACCCUGUUUUGUUGUGGAGCUCUGUUAGUGUGCAAUAAAGUUAUGAUUACCAUCCUCGAUGUAAAGCAUGGCUAAAGGCAAAGGACCCUAUGAUUUAUUGAAUGCCCCUCCUCCGCUGCCAUUGUUUGUGAAGAUAAAAGCUUCUCAUUCCUCAAUGUACAUACAGCCAGUGUUAAAAAUUCAAGGCAUCGCUGUCCUGGAUAAAUUCCAAGUGAUUGUCAGAAUUUCCCUCUCUGCAGGAGGCCACAGAGAGCUCCCACCCCUCCCAUUCUAAUCAACACCAGGCUAUCAAUUGGGAGGGGGGAUGACAAGACAAGCAAACAGAUACUCUAGUUAUCAGUCUGCUUUUGGGCCAUCCCUGUACUAAAGUCACCCAUGCCUUCAGCCUAAGGUGAAGUGAUAGCACGCCUCCUAUAAAGAGAGCCAAUCACUAGGUUGUAAAAUGGAAAACGAACAUAUUACAGAUGGCAAUGUAACAAGCUUAUAUUUCUAUAUUUGAUUGUAAGCUCAUGGGCUUUAUAUAAAAGAGAUUCAAUGGCUAGAUCUUUACGGGCAGAGCCCUCUUUACCUAUUGUGUUUGUCUGUGUACGUUGUACGUUCUCCCAUAAUUGUCCAGCACUGUAGAUUAUACUGAUGCUUUAUAAAUGAUUGUUGAAAAAUCUUGAUAUUGUGUCAAUGUAUAGUUUAAUUUUGUCACUAUGUUCUGAUUUUGGUAAAGGUCCAUCAUUCCGUCCCAUUUUCUUGGAUGAUAUGCCCAGCACCGAGGACUUUCUUGGCUCUGAUCUCCCUCCACCUCCACCUUCCCCUCCAGUUUUACCAAAGACACCAAAACAGUUUCUCAGAGAUUCCUUUCCUGCUUAUUCUGCUCCGUUUCCGGAACCCACAGCUCCAGUUUCAAUGAAUGCACAGAAUGAAGUUCCUCGAGCUCCUUUACUCGAUACUUCUGUUCAAGACAGGCUGAGUUUAGAACUGAGAAAGCUGGAUUUGGCUCCCAUCCCUUCGGUCCAGGUAAGAUAUAUCUAGAUUUCUAAUUAAUUGUGAAAGAAAUGGCCAGGUUAUCGCACAUUUUCAGCAAAAAUCUAUUUUUUUUGCUAUCUUUGCAAUGCUAAAUUUCCCUGUAAAAUGUGUAAGACCCAGAUUCCUGGCUCAGUGAAUGAAUCCUACAGAAUGUGAAAAGGAAUGAAAUGUUAAAAUGAUAUUGGCCUUAUAGGGAUUAUUAAUAACAAUGAAUUACAAAAUCCACAAUAAAAAUGCUGAUAUAAACAACUCGUUAAUAGGCUAGUAUUAAUAUAUAAUUUUCUGUUCUACUAAGCCCAGUCCUGGUCAGUAUAUUUAUAAAUCCAGAUUAAACAAUGGGGCCAGUUUUUAGCAAAACUAGCCUUUUUUGGCAGAAGAGUGGUUCAAGAUGGGAGAGACGUUAUGUUAUUCUGAAUCUGCAGGCAGAUAGUCGCCAAUUGUAAUACACGCUAACACUCUAGUAUCAGCUCUAUCUAGAUUACUAACAUCUACAUUAGAAAUUUUAAAGCGAGGGGAGGGAAAGAGAGACAUGAAGAAAAAACAAAAAGUAAAUGAAAUAUCUAAAAAAUUAUAUAUGCAACAGUUUCAUACGAUCCCACAGCUACACUUUAUGUCUUGCCAUAACCCGAUGUGCUCCAGUUAUCACCUUGGGUACCAGCUGGAACACAAACAAAACUGGAGGAGUUCCCGAGCAUGGGGAGCAUGCCCGCAGUCGGUUCUGGCCUCGCUCCAAUUUUGAUUGUUUACAGUGCAUAUUCCCUUAGGAAUAAUUUUAUAUCUGAAAUACCUUCAAUGCAAAAAGAUGUACAUUUAAAUACAUGCAUGUUUUCAUUAGAGUAUAUCUAAGAACAGGUUGUAAAAGCUGCAGAUCUCUUGUCUGCAGCCUUUGCAAGUCCUCCCUUUCUACCCUCACCCUUCCAUUCUGUGGCUGUCCAAUCACAGACUUCCCAAUGCAGCUGAAUAAGAAGUCUUUGCAAGGCAGGUGCUCUGGGCAGUCGCUACCUCUUGAGUUUAUUUCCACUGAGCUAAACAAACCAGGAAGUAACAGGACCAGUUGUCUGACAGAGGGGGGUGUAACCAGGUAAUUUACAAAAAAGUGCCAGUUUCUAUUGAAAUCUGCAACUCUUUACACAACACAUUUCAGCAAGAUAAAGCGCUUUAGGGGUCUGGAUUGUCCCUUUAUUUUUAAAAAAAUAUUUCUUUAUACAAAUGGAAGUAAAGGCCCGCAUAUGUUACACAACUUUCUAGAGUCCAGACUGUUUUCUGAUGUUUAGGGGUUUGUAGGAGGGCCCCUUAAGUCUUGUUUAAAGUUUUUAAAGUCAUAAGAAGGCACUUUAAUAAAACAGGAUGUGAAAGCCCCCUGGGUUUCAAGAUGAUACCCACAAGGACUUUCUCUCCGAGUACAAGAGAACUAUAGUUCUCUCGUAGUGUGUUUUCAAGACACCUCUGACAUGCAAUAAUGUGCUUUGUCAUACUGGUAGCAUUUGGAAAAGCAUUUGUCUCAGAAUAAAUUACACUGUGGAAAUGUUUCAAAUGCUUGGUGUUUGUUCCAUUUUACAAAGAGGCGGAAAACAAUGAAUCUUAGUGGCCAGAUUACAGGCAAAUACAGUACUAUGACGGAGGAGGGUUUGUUUCAAAGCAGGUUAUUAGUAGAAAUCAAAUCAUUUAUAAAGAUAACCUAAUGCAGUUAAAAUAUGAUAGAAUUUUCAGAAUUCAGAGGAAUUAAAAAAUGCUUUCCUUUCAAUUAAGGCCUAACCGAGGACAGAAACAACAAAACCAACUAUAUACCAUCAACGAACGAAAAUCUUUUUUACCGGCAAUGUUCUUCCCACAGCGUCAUGGCGGUGGGGAAACCUAAUGCACGUGCCCAGCGAGCCACGUGCACAUUAGGGCUUUGCUAUAGGGAAGCUCUGAAUUAAUUUUUACCUAUGGGGAUUUUUUUUUUUUAUAAAUUCUUUAUUUUGAAUUUUAAGUUUCAGAUGGAGUACAAUGUCGGGGUGGGGGUACAGAAAGAAUGUAGGGAGGGUAUUAUUCAUGGUACAUGCUGGUAUUACAUUCAGAUGUUGUAUACAAUGCAUCGAUUAUCUACGUACCAGUGGAAAUUGAUCAGGUACAGUUUUAGCGUUUCGAUAUGCCUGGAGUUCACUUUCAUUCUCGUGACAGGCUGCAGUCCAGUUUCUUCUAGGGUUCGGGGUGGGGACCUAUGGGGAUUUUUAAUACCCUGGAAAUCCUUUUGCAAAGUGUGAGGACGUUCAGCAUCGUUUCACGGAGUUAGACUCUGGCUGAUAAAUAUGUGAGUCCUAUAUUUUAUACAGAAUUCACAUAGGAGGAUUAAGAAUUUCAAAGCAGGCCCUGGAUGGUACUGAAUGAGGUGUACUAAAUUUCAACCGAACUGGUCUUUAAAUAUGAGAGUUGCAAAUUUAGCUUCAAUUUGGUCAUUUUAAUCAAAAUCAUCUGUGAGAAAAAUAAAUCAGCAUUUAGUGAACAACAGUUGAAGAGGCCCUCCAGGUACCCACGUGUUUAAAUGCCAAUGUUUGCCCUGAACAUCACUUCCCAAGUGUGUUUGUAAACCAAGUAAUGUCCAGUUUAUAUCUCACCUGCAAUAUUAAAAUACACAUUCACUGCUCAACCUUAUUUCUUCACAGAAACCAAGCGCUGGGAAUCCAAUAGAACUGAAUAAAUCUAAAAAUGUCCCAGUUUCUCACACCCAGCAGAAGACGGAACGAUCAGCGUCAGACAAGCACAACCAAAAUGGCCACACCAUGAAGCAAGAUAAUGAGGGUAUGGACCUGGUAUUAUCUAUUAAUGAAACACCUGUUCUGACCAUUCCUUCACCCUAUAAAUCUCAGUGCUCUCCCAACCCGGUCACAGAGUCAUUCACAGCCAGCAUGUGACCAACAUUCAUAUUUAGUACUAGCACAACAAGAACACACUCCCAAAUUCUCUGCCAUUUAGGAGUUAGAUGACUUUGUUUAUGCAGCUCUAGCCACAUCCUCCCUACACGCUCCCCAAAAAAGAGCUUACAUUUUCAUUUACAUGUGUCUUAGGCAUUCCUAUUUCCAGCUCUUUUAAUUGCCUGCUAGAGUCAACAGCAGCCAUGUGUGUCAAAGUUCAAAUAAAGGAACACUCCAAGAGUGCACUAUAGUGGAUACGGUACCAGAAGCCCCAACCCCCUUUCAGCCACUUACUUGAAUCCAGCGCUGAUGUCCCUCAGCCCUAGGUCAGGCUCCGCCCACGCUCCUCCGUGUGCGGCAAUGGUUGCGCGCACGCGCAUUAGACCUCCCCAUAGGAACGUAUUAUUCAAUGCUUUCCUAUGGGGAAAAUCUGACGUGUCAGAUAAUGGACCAAAGGUCCGUUUGGAUUCCGGAAGCGUUUUACAUUGCAGCAUAGAAACAUAGAAUGUGACGGCAGAUAAGAACCAUUCGGCCCAUCUUGUCUGCCCAAUUUUCUAAAUACUUUCAUUAGUCCCUAGCCUUAUCUUAUAGUUAGGAUAGCCUUAUGCCUAUCCCACGCAUGCUUAAACUCCUUUACUGUGUUAACCUCUACCACUUCAGCUGGAAGGCUAUUCCAUGCAUCCACUACCCUCUCAGUAAAGUAAUACUUCCUGAUAUUAUUUUUAAACCUUUGUCCCUCUAAUUUAAGACUAUGUCCUCUUGUUGUGGUAGUUUUUCUUCUUUUAAAUAUAGUCUCCUCCUUUACUGUGUUGAUUCCCUUUAUGUAUUUAAAUGUUUCUAUCAUAUCCCCCCUGUCUCGUCUUUCCUCCAAGCUAUACAUGUUAAGAUCCUUUAACCUUUCCUGGUAAGUUUUAUCCCGCAAUCCAUGAACCAGUUUAGUAGCCCUUCUCUGAAUCCUCUCUAAGGUAUUAAUAUCCUUCUGAAGAUACGGUCUCCAGUACUGUGUACAAUACUCCAAGUGAGGUCUCACCAGUGUUCUGUACAAUGGCAUGAGCACUUCCCUCUUUCUACUGCUAAUACCUCUCCCUAUACAACCAAGCAUUCUGCUAGCAUUUCCUGCUGCUCUAUUACAUUGUCUGCCUACCUUUAAGUCAUCAGAAAUAAUCACCCCUAAAUCCCUUUCCUCAGAUGUUGAGGUUAGGACUCUAUCAAAUAUUCUGUACUCUGCCCUUGGGUUUUUAUGUCCAAGAUGCAUUAUCUUGCACUUAUCCACAUUAAAUGUCAGUUGCCACAACUCUGACCAUUUUUCUAGUUUACCCAAAUCAUUUGCCAUUUGGCUUAUCCCUCCUGGAACAUCAACCCUGUUACAUAUCUUAGUAUCAUCAGCAAAAAGACAUACCUUACCAGCAAGACCUUCUUGAUGCACUAGGUGCAAAAGGGUCACAGCACCCAGACCACUUCAAUGAGCUGAAGUGGUCUGGGUGCCUACAGUGUUCCUUUAAGCAUGUGCAUCAGGUCCCAAAUGCUCCUCUAUGAGAAGCCUUGGAUUAGGAUGAUGUUGUGGGAAGCAGAGAGACCAUCAGCACUGAAGGAGUCUCUGUACUGGAAAAAGAUAAGUAAACAUUUUUAUUUUUAGAUCGGAAAUAGCACGAGAUGAUUGAUUAGAACUAGAGACAUGGGCACUGUAAGCAUUAGGGAUAUAGGUUUGUAUUCAUAACACUGUGUAGUGAAAAAGAAAAUCUAGACAUAUUAUACGCCUAGCAUAAAUAACUAAACUAAUGUAAAAGGUGCUCCUGGAGGGACCCUCUAGUUAUAAUGCACAAAUGGCAUAUGCUUUUUAAUAUGGGAUGCGAAUUUCCUCCUUUUACUAACCCAUUAACCCAGGAAGUGAUAGUCAUUGCAAGUUCUCUUUUAUUUACAAUAUAUGUGUGUUUUGUUUUGUUUAGGAUCAGAUAUAUGUGCUUUCUGUCAUAAGACUAUCCUCCCAAACGUAGCUGCUAUUGAAGCCAUGAAGAAGCAGUACCAUGCAAGCUGCUUCACAUGUAGAAAGUGUCACCGCCUCCUGGCCGGGCAGCUGUACUACCAGAAGGAUGGACAGCCCAUUUGUGAUCACUGUUAUAAGGUAAACGACAUGUGGUUUCACAGAGAUUAUUGGCACUGUGUCACUCUGCUUCAUGGAUAAUAUAGCAUUUUGACAUGACAGAUGUAUCUUACUAUACUUUUUUUCCCUAAAGUCAUCAAUAUUUUGCUGUUAGUUUGGUCCUACAAAUAUGACUUUCAAGUCCAAUCUCAAACCAAAAAAGACAUACAAAUAUAUGUCCAUUUUAAGAAAUUGAAAAUAAAAAUAAAACAAAAUAAUUAAAAAGCAGUAACCCCUCACUUUCUUGUUUGAGUAAUAUAAUGAAAUAUAGAAUAGAGUAGAAAGCGCAGGAUUCACACUUUGAUAAACCACAAACACACACAACAUUGUUCUAUUUCCUACACGCCGUAGGAGGAAUAGACUGAAUUCUUCUUUGAAACAAACAGACAAUUCAUUAUCUAAAUGUCUAAAAAAUAUAAACUGAACUCCCAUGAAAAGUUUACACAAAUCCCAAUUAGCAGUAUGGUUAUUUCAAAUGUAUUAUGUGCUAAAUCAAGUCAAGAUUCAACGUCCUUUAUAAGAGAGAGAGCAUUUCUCAUUCUCAAAACGGUUUACCUCGGUGUCAGUAGGUAAGCAGGUACAUGCAGUGUAGACAAUUAUUUCUGAGGCUAACAAGACACAACCAGCAAACUCCAGCGUCACAUCACAUAUUUUAGCACAAUGAGAGAAUCAAUGUUUUAUAUACAAGAAAUUAUAUUCAGCAAAGAAAAUAUCAGGUGAUUUCCUGAAUGAAUAACAUAUUAUAGUUAUAGUGUGAUAACAAACAAGUUGUUACACGAUAUAAAAAGCAUCUGGUGUGGAAUACAAAUCACGUUUCAGCUUAUGGCAGGCUUAACAAUAAUGAGGUAAUAACUUUAUAAGGAGUUUGACAUUAAUAGAGAAUUCAGGAUUUAAUGACACAUAUUAGGAGUUGACAAUGUAGAGUCCGGCAGCAUAUGUGGGGAGCGGUCAUUGUGGGGUCUAGCAGCACAUGUGGGCAGCAGUUAUUGUAGGGUCUAGCAAUGCAUGUGGGGAGCAGUCAUUGUGGGGUCCGGCAGUGCAUGUGGGGAGCAGUCAUUGUGGGGUCCGGCAGUGCAUGUGGGGAGCAGUCAUUGUGGGGUCCGGCAGUGCAUGUGGGGAGCGGUCAUUGUGGGGUCCAGCAGCGCAUGUGGGGAGCAGUUAUUGUAGGGUCUAGCAGUGCAUGUGGGGAGCAGUCAUUGUAGGGUCUAGCAGUGCAUAUGGGGAGCAGUCAUUGUAGGGUGUAGCCGUGCAUGUGGGGAGCAGUCAUUGUAGGGUGUAGCCGUGCAUGUGGGGAGCAGUCAUUGUAGGGUCUAGCAGUGCAUAUGGGGAGCAGUCAUUGUAGGGUGUAGCAGUGCAUGUGGGGAGCAGUCAUUGUAGGGUCUAGCAGUGCAUGUGGGGAGCAGUCAUUGUGGGGUCUGGCAGCGCAUGUGAGGAGCAGUCAUUAAGGGCUGGCAGCGCAUGUGGGGAGAAGUCAUUGUGGGGUCCAGCAGCGCAUAUGAGAAGCAGUCAUUGUGGAGUCCAGCAGCGCAAGUGGGUAGCAGUCAUUAUGGGGUCUGGCAGCGCAUCUGGGAAGCAGUCAUUAUGGUGUUUGGCAGCACAUGUGGAGAGCAGUCAUUGCGGGUUACAGCAGCACAUGUGGGGAGCAGUCAUUUUGGGGUUCGGCAGUGCAUGUGGGGAGCAGUCAUUGUGGGGUUCGGCAGCGCAUGUGGGGAGCAGUCAUUGUGGGGUCUGGCAGCGCAUGUGGGAAGCAGUCAUUGUAUUGUUCGGCAGCACAUGUGGAGAGCAGUCAUUGCGGGUUACAGCAGCACAUGUGGGGAGCUUUCAUUGUGGGGUUUGGCAGCGCAUGUGGGGAGCAGUCAUUGUGGGGUUCUGCAGCGCAUGUGGGGAGCAGUCAUUGUGGGGUUCGGCAGCGCAUGUGGGGAGCAGUCAUUGUGGGGUUUGGCAGCGCAUGUGGGGAGCAGUCAUUGUGGGGUCUGGCACCGCAUGUGGGGAGCAGUCAUUGUGGGGUCUGGCAGCACAUGUGGGGAGCAGUCAUUGAUUGAUGCAGCAGCACAUGUGGGGAGCAGUCAUUGUGGGGUUAGUCAGCACAUGUGGGGAGCAGUCAUUGUGGGGUUUGGCAGCACAUGUGGGGAGCAGUCAUUGUGGGGUCCAAAAGCAAGUAUAGAGUGCAGCCAUCAAGAGAUUCAAGCUAGUUGUUACCCACCUCUAACCCCUCCCAAAAAUGUACGAAAGAGUAAAUAGAGAGCAGGAAUAGAACGACCAUCUCAAGAUCUGGUGGUACAUGCAGCAUGCACACAGAGCUGCCAUUCUGGGUUCAACUUGCACAGAGUAUCCAUUCUGGAAUCAAUGCCGUCCCUGUGUAUUGUGCUCAUAGGGUUUUUUUAAGGUAGGGAUAGGCAACCUUCGGUACUGGUCUUACAGCCAUAAUGCUGGCAAAGCAUCAGGAGAUAUGUGUAGGACACAUCAUCUGGAGUGACAACGGGCUCAGAACCAAGUCUAACCAUUUUAAUUUCAAUGUUUUUUUUGUUCUUUGUUUUGUUUUAAUAAAUAUCACAGUAUGUUUCCCUAUUUUGAGUUAUAAGUGGUGCCCUAGCUUUGAAAAGCAUGUCUCACAGAUAAUGUGGGUGUCAUGCACUUACAUCACUGAACUGGUUCCAAAAUCAGAAGUUCAAGCAGCCAAUUUUACACAAAACAGUAAUUAUUGUGCUUGGCAGGAGUGCAGUCAGUUUGAGAAUAGUUUUGCAAACUCUGCGGAUUCCAGUGGUCUUUAGUUUCAGCAAAUCAUAUGGGUAUCUAUUACAACAAGGAUUACUUUUAGUAUACUGGCUAUCCUUGUGCCUCCAAGGGAAUAUAUAUUAUUAUUAUACAUAUAUUUGGCAGAUAGAAGGUGACCCCUUUAACCCCUUAAGGACACAUGACAUGUGUGACAUGUCAUGAUUCCCUUUUAUUCCAGAAGUUUGGUCCUUAAGGGGUUAAAAUGCUCAUACCUGAGGCUGAGCCGUUCAGUUUUUUGUGCUUUUUAUUAGCCAGUUAACAUAACAUACUCUGGUGCAGUAUGUCUGCACUAUGGACAGACUCUGAUAUAUUAUUACUGUUGGUGGUAAUCAAAGAUGGCUUCUUAAAACUUUCAGUAUUUGUGGAGCUCAGUACCAGAGACUAACAGAAGAGACCAAAAACCCUCAAACGGUGAUGGGGCGAUAAAAUAAGAAAUACCACCUUCCAGAGCCACCUAAAAUACCUGACAUUCGGCUCUCCUUUGCGAGGCCUACUCCGCCAGCACCUGCCAAGAUGGCGCCCGAGGCACUCAGCGAGGAGAAGACCUCAGAAGACUCCCACAAGGACAGAGAAAGCCUUACCUCACCUCCGGCAGAAGAUGGGGUCCAAUAUCAAGCUUCCGAAUUGGAAGAGGACUCAUCCCUCGUGACGAAGAGGGACCUAAGUGACCUUAGGUGAAGAAAUGCGGGAGGUGUGGAGGGCAGAUCUGCGAAACACAAGAAAGGAGGUGGGAGAUAUCCAAAAGAGGCUUACUGAUGUGGAAGCCAUUGAGAGCGCAAGAGACACUCAUCUACAGCACUCCAGGGAUGCUAUGCAGGACCUUAACUCACAGGUCCAGAAGCUCACGCGGACUGUCACGACGCAAGAGGCCCGGCAUAGGAGGCGGAACAUCUGAAUCCGAGGCAUACCAGAGACCAUUGGAGGUGAAGCCCUGUUGACAUACAUAUAUCGCGUACUAACAGUAAUGGGAAUCGGGGGAGCACUGAAGCCGGCAUGAUAAUGUCCACAUUCAGAAUCCGCCAAGCCGCAACGGAAUCACCCAGAGACACUAUAGCGGUCAUGAAAGACGUGGUAAUGUGCAGUUAGAGGGUAACACAGUGACCUUCUAUGGGGACCUCCUGUUCGCAGGCCUGGUAGAAAGAAGACUACUGGCACCAAUGGCCAGAAGGCUACGAGAUGCUGCAGUUAGAUACUGGUUGGGUGCAGACGGAUCCCUGGUGGUACCACGGGGAGACCAGACAAUCAUCCUGACUUCCACAGAUGACCAGGAGCAAUUCCUCUGACAGCUGAACCUGCAAGAGGCAGAAAAGGGAGAGACCAGAGGGGAAGGCAACCAGACGCAGCAACAACCACAGUGCAAUCAAGGGCAGAAAAAGGCUAUUGCAUGCCGGUUAUGAUGAAGAGACAACCCCGCACUUAAGCGGGUAGCUGCCGCACCCACCUUGUGAGACUAUCACAGCUUCCGGUGGUCGUAAGACUAAGAAGAAGAGAACUGACAUAGAACACUUGACUUAAGAGUUAGCCGCCUCAGCCCCAUAGAGUCCCUGAAUUUUACUUUGGACACAGCUUAAAGGUGCAUGUAGAAUAUCCAAAUUGUUUGGAUCGACUCCACUACUAUUGACCCAUGAUAACCCCUAGUAAUAGCUCGCUUCAUAGGAAUACCUACGGUAACCCAUACCAGAUGUUUAUUAAGUGAAGUUAAAGAUAAGUUGUUUUUAUUGAUAUUCUCAUACUAUGACAACGUUGUAUUUUGAAUUUCAAAACACCAAUAAAAUACAAAUUGGAAAAAAAAAUGCUGCUCCUUGCAUAUGGCAUAUGUUGCAAGUCUCACACCCACUAGUAAUUACCAUCCUUAAAUCUAUUCUAAGCAGUGCUUAUGCAGAAUAAGGCAAGUCUUAAAAACAGCUUAACAAACACACACACUAUUGUAUCUACAAUCUCUUUGACAAACAGAUACAUACAUACUUUUUGGGAACUGGGUUUCCAGAAUAACACUUGAUACUGCAUAAAAAUGGCAACCAGUCUCUUGUUUCGGGUUCCGUUCACUUUUUCCGUGUUUCACCCACCUCCCAGGCUUAUUCCUGAACUCUCCUGUAAGACCAAUUAGUAUUAAAGAAAGGUGUUUGGCUCUAUUCUGGUUUUAUAUACACAAUGUACUGGAAGGAGACAGAUGAAUUUAUUUACUCCGUUCUGGGAGAUAUGCCCACUAAAAACAUUUGUUUUUUUUCCAUCAGUGCAGUAUGGCUUUAAUAAAAAAUAGUGCACUUAAAAAAGACACACAAAAAAAAUAAUAAUUGUAUUCUUCUCUUCUACAGGAAACACUGGAAAAAUGUGCCAAAUGCCAGGCACUCAUCACCCACCAUAUUGUGCGUGCCAUGGGUAAUGGUUAUCACCCAGAGUGUUUCACAUGUGUUGUUUGCAAUCGCAUGAUUGCAGAUGAGAGCUUUGCUGUCGAUGAAUAUAACGAUGUUUACUGCGCAAAGGAUUAUUAUAGGUGGGUAGAGGCUGCCAAUGUCAUCUUUCAGGCAAUGCAGGGGGUGGGUGAAAAUGUUUUCUCCAGAGCCAGACAAAAAAAGAAACAUACAAAAAGUCAGGGAGAGGGGAAGAGGUCAUGCCAACUAAAGGGUUAUUUCAGCCAAACCAAUGUUUAAAUAAAAUAAAAUGUUCUGAAAAGGAGAAAAAAAAAACAUUCCAGUGAACCCUUCAGUCCAAUCGUCAUCUCACUGCUACUCUUUGAGGGAAAGGAAUGUCCUGAAGGAUAGGUGGGGGUGAUGAGUUGGGCAGCAUGGGUGCAUAGGCUUCUGUCAUUGAUUGUCUGUCGCCAGCGUGCUAUGUGUUGACAGAUGCCUUUUAUGGCAUAUAUACGCGCGUUCUGGUCUGGCUAAUGCUGCUACCAGUGGUGGAGUUACACAUCCGGCAGCAAAGAGCUGUAUCUCUGCAGAGUUUAUUUCUGAAACAUACUGUACAUACAGAGCACUAUUACCACAAUAAAACACUGGAGUGAUCAUGGUAUUUGGAGUAACCCUUUAAAAACAGUUAGCAUAAGAGGCAUCCUUUGUAUUUUACAUGCUGUGUGUGGUUAGGAAAUAAUGUGAUAAUUCUUUACUGCAUUAAAACAUGAGGUAUCUAUGAAAAUAAUGUCUUUUGUUUGUUCCCAGGAAAUAUGCGCCUAUUUGUAGUGUUUGUGACAAACCCAUCAUCCCCAGAGACGAUGUGGAUUCCUAUAAAAUUGAAUGUCUUGGGAGGAAUUUCCAUGAAAAUUGUUAUCGCUGUGAGGUCAGUUUGUCAGUGAACACAGAAUGGAGGGAACAAAAUACGAUUGGGGGAAUAUACUAAAGAGAGAGGAGAAAUUUUAUUUUUUUAAGAUUUGCUUUUUCUAAUUUAGGGUGUUUUUUAAAAAAAAAAAUGUAUUGCACGAUAAAAACAUUGGGAUAUUAGUGAACAAGUUUAGUGAAAGGAACACUCACGCACCAUAGAGUAUGCUAGGAGUGCCCUGCCUCCGCCAUGUGUAAAUAUUUUAACUGGUUCGAACGGUGUGACUUCUUACUCUCCUAGGCCAAGUCCUACACUGCCCGUCUAAGCUCAGAUCAGAGCACUUGUGGCUGGAGAGACAGCCGGCGGGCCGCGGACCCCAACUAAGAAGUCAAACCAUUCCGAGUGAUUGACUACUUAAAUUGGAGGUGGUGUCAGAGCACUUGUGUUGUAAUCUGUCUAACUAGUAGAAUAAAAUAAGUGGCUUUUAUAAAGGUUAGUGGUAAGAAUGCAACAAUAUCCACUGACAUUUUAUUUUUUUUGCAGAAAUGUCACAUUACUCUGUCCCUGGAGCCUACAGAAAGUGGCUGCUAUCCACUGAGAGGUCAUAUACUGUGCAAGCCUUGCCAUCUUUCAUGGACCGACCAGUUGUAG